AUGGAGCAAAGGGCCACGCAGAAGAAGAACGAUGUGAACAUACAGUAUAUAACACAGGUCUACAGUGAUGGGGGAAAUCCACAGGGAAACAAGCAAGCAAAAGUAGCCCAGCCUGUUUCAUUUCACUCUCUGAAUGAAAGAGAGCUUCACUGACUAACAGACAUGUUGACUGCUGUAUUUUCCUAUACAGCUUUACAAUUCAGAUUGCUCUGGAGCCCUACACUAUCCAGGUAGUAGAGAGUUUCACAGUUCAAAACCUUCUGUCCCUUUUCCUUUUUGGUAAUUUUGAACAUCUCAAAAGGUGGAAUCAACACCUCCUGCUCCUUGUCUCCCAUCACUGGGUAGGACUUGAGAUCAGCUCCUGCACAUGUAGUUAUAUUAAAGCAGGACUUCUCUCCAAAAUCUGUCAAGUUCUUUAGGAAAGAGCUGGAGGCAAAGAAGCCGAAUCUGAUUAUUUUGUUAACUUCACCUAAAAACACCAUGUUGGUUCUUCGAAAUGUCUUGUAACAGCGCUGUUGGUUUUCCUUCAGGAGGCGGAGAGCAUCAGUCAGGAAGAAAUGCAGGGAGUGGAACUGGAAGGUGGACCUGUAGACUGUGCUACUGAUCCUGACUUCCUGGUUGAACACUGGGUAUAUCUUAAAAUCUCCUGCUGUGUAAGCACAGAUAGCCUUGAUAUGGUCUUCGCUAAGUUUGUCUUCAUUCAUUUUAUUUUUUGAGGCACAUUUUUUUUGCAUUCAACCAGGGUUUUCUGAAGAUCUCUGUUUUGUUUUCUUUUGGAAGAUAUUCCUUCUGCACCUUGUUGUACAUUUGUUCAGUGCAGCCGUAAUACAUGUCGUCAACAGAGUUAGGGACCAUGUCCAAGGGUAUGGGGGAAUUGAGACCAGGCUGAUGGAGAUGAACCUUCAGAGAAUAUGGUAGGAAAAAAACAGGCAAAAAGUGUAAAAGAGAGGAAAAUGUGAAUUAAAAUUCCCCCUCUCUCUCUCUCUCUCUCUCUCCUCUCUCUCUCUCUCUCUCUCUCUCUCUCUCUCUCUCUCUCUCUCUCUCUUUCUCUCUCUCAAAUUCAUUAAUUGAAAUUCAAUAUGCUUUAAUGGCAUGAAUAACAAGGUCAAGGUUGCCAAAGCAAAUUGAUACACACAAUUAUGAAAACAACAGUGACAACAAUAGAAUAGUAGCUAUAAUACUAUAUAUAAGAAAUUAAACAAAAACGUAUAUAAUAAUAAAAAAUUUUUAAAUACCCUCUCUCGCUCUCUAUCUCUCUCUCUCUCUCCUCUCUCUCUCUCUCUCUCUCUUCUCUCUCUCUCUCUCUACCCUUUCUCUAUCUUAUCUAUCUCUUCUCUCUCUCUCUCUCUCUCUCUCGUUCUCUCUCUCAAUUCAUUAAUUGAAAUUCAAUAUGUUUAAUGCAGAAUACAAGGUCAGGUUGCCAAGCAAAUUGAAUUACACACAAUUUGAAAAACAACAAGUGACAACAAUAAAAAAUAAGUAGCUAUAAUACUAUAUCUAAGAGAAAUGAAACAAAAAACGUAUAUAAUUAAUAAAAUGUAAUACCUCUCUCGUCUCUCCUCUAGAGAUCUCUCCUCUCUCUCUCUCUCCUCGCUCUCUCUCUCUCUCUCUCUCUCUCUCUCUCUCUCUCCUCUCUCUCAAAAUUGGGUAAUAUCUUACCCAUCUUGGAGUCCCCACCAAAGGUCCAGCCUGAUGAAAUACCACAGUAAAGCUUGAGGAAUCUUGUGUCGUGUCAUGAUGUCAAAAAUAGUUUGGUCCAAUGGCAAUGUAAUGGAGAUGAAUCCUUUUAGAUACAGAAUCAGCAUUAAAGGUUCAGCUUUCAGAGGGGCCUUGUUUAUACCAGCGCCUUGUGGGGAGGGGCACAGGGGCCCCGCCGCGCGGGCGAAGAACAGGCACCGAAGAGACAAGGGACCCCGCAAACACAAACCAGGAGCACAGGAAACACACACACACACACACACACACCACACACACACACACAACACCACACCACACACCACACACCACAUCACACACACACACACCACACACAACACACACACCACCACACACACACACACCACACAACACACACACAACACACACAACACACAAACACACACACACACACACCCCACAGCUAGCGGUUAGAGCAUUGGGCCAGUAAUGACAAGGUGAUGGUUAAGUCCCCCAGCAAGCCAGGUGGUGAGAAAAAUCUGCCAUUUCUCAAAGGUUGCCGAUGAGUCGAUUAAGGUAGCCCCUGCACCUCUUGAUUCAGAAGGGUUGGGUUAAAUUGGGGAAGACACAUUUUGGUUGAAUGCAUUCAGUUGUGCAACUGACUAGGUAUCCGCCUUUCCCUUCAAUACUCACACCCAUACAGUGUGAUGCCUAGUUGGGACAAAACCUGCAGUACAUGAUGCCCUCCGACAAAUAGGGUUGAUUUCCUUCGGCUGUCUAAGCUUUGUCUGCCAAUCAUUCGUUUAUCUGGUUUAGUUAAAACUGGCCCUCUUCUGCCCAGAAUGCACCAUGUCAAGGGCAAAAGCCUCUGGGACCAUUAGUGUGUGUGUUCGCUAUUCUGUGGUCUCUCAUGCCAAUUGUCCAGGUUAUGAUGUAGGCAGUUUCUAAUACUGCUGGUUUAUGGUAUGUUACCUUUACCUUUGUUAUUGACUGAGAUGGAGAGGACUGUAGGUGACAGGUUCCAUCCUUUGUUAUGACUGAGAGAUGUGAGAGACUGGUAGGUUAACAGGUUCCAUUCCUUCGUUAUGACUGAGAUGUGAGAGCCUGGUUAGGUUAACAGGUUCCAUGCCUUGUUAUGACUGAGAUGUGAGAGGCCUGGUAGGUGGACAGGGUUCCAUUCCUGGUUAUGACUGAGAUGUGAGAAGGCUGGUAGGUUGACAGCGUUCCCUAUAUUGCGUUCUAUGUGAGGUCUGUCAGAUUUGUGGUGGUUACAAAUUGAUUAGAGUUCAUGAAAAAGGGACAAGGAAAGGAAGGAUGCCAGAUGAAGAAUAGUGGGAGGUGCUUAGUGGUUGGGCCACUGACUGUGUAGUUUAUGGUGGAGUUAAAAUCACUGACUGUGUAGUUUAUGGUGGGAGUCAGCCAAUGACUGUGAGUUUAUGGUGGGUUAAAUCACUGACUGUUGUAGUAUGGUGGAGUUCAGCACUGGACUGAGUAGUUUUGGUGGAGUUCAGCAAAGGACUUUGUAGUUUAUGUGGAGUGUUAAUCACUGACGUGUAGUUUAUGGUGGAGUCCAGCCACUGAUGUGGAGUUUAUGGUGGAGUUGGUUUUAAAUCAUGACUGUGUAGUUAUGGUGAGUUCAGCCACUGACUGCGUAGGUUUUAUGGUGGAGUUCAGCCAAAGGGACUUUGUUAAUGGGUGGAGUCCAGCCAAGACUUGUAGUUUUAUGGUGGGAGUCUAGCCAAUGGACUGUGUUGUAGUUUUAUGGUGGAGUCCCAGCCACUGUAUAGGACAGCACCCUAAUUCAAACAGUUAUAUUGUAGGUGAUGUAUGUUACACGAUUAAUACAGGUCACAUUCUAAUGCUAAUAUGCAUACACGCAGGAAAAACACGCACCACACACAGGACGGAAAAACACCAAAAUGACUCCGAGAAUUGUUUUUCACACUUCGUUCAUACUGAGCAUUAUAUGUGAACUGACUAACAACAGCCGCAGCACUGAUGAUACUGCGAAAAGGUUUCCACAUAAUAAAGUACAGAAAACCCUUAAACCCCUAAUCACCUUCCCCUCUAAUUCAGGGGAUGAUUUGAGGCCUGAUACUCACAGCCAAUAUACCAAUAAUCAAUUUCAAUAACCCAGAAUAAAGGAAAGCAGCACUACAGUGAGGCUUGAGGCCCUUAGUCCAGGGUUUCCCACCCUUCCUCAGGGGACCAUCAGACGUUCAACAUUAGUUUUAAGCCCUAAACGGACAAAACCUGAUACAGUCUACUAACCAUCAACCCCUUGCUUAAUGAUGCAGGUGGGCCGUCGGUGUUCCAGAGGAGAGGGGUGGAAGACUGCGCCUAGCAGCACUUGGUCCUGUAGUUGCCGCAGGAACUUUAUGUUUUGGAUUAAGCCGGAACAGGAAGGACCAGGUGUUGUGAAGUUUGUCAAUCACUCAAACCGAUCAUUUAGUUCAGUUGGUGCUGGUGUGGAGCCUAGCUCUAUCUCUCUCUCUCUCUCUCUCUCUCUCUCUCUCUCUCUCUCUCUCUCUCUCUCUCUCUCUCUCUCUCAAAAUUGGUGUAAUAUCUUACCAUCUUGGAGUCCACACCCAAAGUCCAAGCCUGGAUGAAAUACAUCACAGUAAAGCUUAGGAUCUUGUGUCUUGUCAUGAUGUCAAAAUAUGUUGGUCCAAUGGCAACUUGUAAUGGAGAUGAAUUGCCUUUUAAGAUACAGAAUCAGCAUUGAAAUGUUCAGCUUUCAGGGGGCCUUGUUAUACCAGCGCUCUUGUGGUUAUUUUCACAGUCCCUCCUCUCUUGCUGAGAACAGGCACCUACAGAUACAAGUACCCCUCAAACCACAAACCCCUUAGCACAGUACACACACACACACACACACACACACACACACACACACACACACACACACACACACACACACACACACACACACACACACACACACACACACACACACACACACACACACACACACACACACACACACACACACACACACACACACACACACACACACACACACACACACACACAGCCUAGCGGUUAAGAGCAUUGGGCCAGUAAUUGAAAAGUUGCUGGUUCAAGUCCCCCAGCCAGCCAGGUGGAAAAAUCUGCCAUUCUCCCCGGUUGCCGAUGACGUCGAUUAAGGUAGCCCCCUGCACCUCUCUGAUUCAGAAGGGUUGGGUUAAAUGUGGAAGACACAUUUUGGUUGAAUGCAUUCAGUUGUGCAACUGACUAGGUAUCCGCCUUUCCCUUCACAUACUCACACACAUACAGUGUGAUGCCUAGUUGGGACAAAAACCUGCAGUACCUGAUGCCCUCCACAAAUAGGGUUGAUUUCCUCUGGCCUAGUCUAAGCUUUGUCUGCCAAUCAUUCGUUUAUCUGGUUUAGUUAAACACUGCCCUCUUCUGCCCAGAAUGCACCAUGUCAAGACUAAAGGCCUCUGGGUACAUUAGUGUGUGUGUUCGCUAUUCUGUGGUCUCUCAUGCCAAUGUCCAGGUUAUGAUUUAGGCAGUAUUCUAAUACUGCUGGUUAUGGUUGUUACCUUUACUUUGUUAUGACUGAGAUGUGAGAGACCUGGUAGGUUGACAGGGUUCCAUUCCUUUGUUAUGACUGAGAUGUGAGAGACCUGGUAGGUUAACAGGGUUCCAUUCCUUCGUUAUGACUGAGAUGUGAGAGGCCUGGUAGGUUAACAGGGUUCCAUUCCUUUGUUAUGACUGAGAUGUGAGAGGCCUGGUAGGUUGACAGGGUUCCAUUCCUUUGUUAUGACUGAGAUGUGAGAGGCCUGGUAGGUUGACAGCGUUCCAUCAUAUUGCGUUCAUAUGGUGAGGUCUGUCAGAUUUGUGGUGGUUACAAAUGAUAGGAGUUCAUGAAAAGGGACAAGGAAAGGAAGGAUGCAGAUUGAGACUAGUGGGAUGUGUCCUUAGUGGUUGGGCCACUGACUGUGUAGUUUAUGGUGGAGUUAAAUCACUGACUGUGUAGUUUAUGGUGGAGUCCAGCCAAUGACUGUGUAGUUUAUGGUGGAGUUAAAUCACUGACUGUGUAGUUUAUGGUGGAGUUCAGCCACUGACUGCGUAGUUUAUGGUGGAGUUCAGCCAAAGACUUUGUAGUUUAUGGUGGAGUUAAAUCACUGACUGUGUAGUUUAUGGUGGAGUCCAGCCACUGACUGUGGAGUUUAUGGUGGAGUUAAAUCACUGACUGUGUAGUUUAUGGUGGAGUUCAGCCACUGACUGCGUAGUUUAUGGUGGAGUUCAGCCAAAGACUUUGUAAUUUAUGGUGGAGUCCAGCCAAUGACUGUGUAGUUUAUGGUGGAGUCUAGCCAAUGACUGUGUAGUUUAUGGUGGAGUCCAGCCACUGUAUAGACAGCACCUAAUCCAACAGUUAUAUCUGUAGAGUGAUGUAUGUUCACACAGAUUAAUACAGGUCACAUUCUAAUGCUAAUAUGCAUACACGCAGGAAAACACGCACACACACAGGACGGAAACACCAAAUGACUUCCGAGAAUUGUUUUUUCACACUUCGUUCAUACUGAGCUAUAUGUGAACAUGACUAACAACAGCAGCAGCACUGCUGAUACUGAGAAAAGGUUUCCCAUAAUAACAGUACAGAAAGACCCUUAAACCUCCUCAUCAUCCUUCCCCUCUAAUCAGGGACUGAUUCAGGCCUGGAAUACUAACAGCCAAUAUACCAAUAAUCAAUCAAUAACCCAGAAUAAAGGAAAGCAGCACUACAGUGAGGCUUGAGGCCCUUAGUCCAGGGUUUCCCAACCCUCUCCUCAGGGACCAUCAGACGUUUCACAUUUUAGUUUUAGCCCUAAACGGACAAACCUGAUACAGUCUACUAACCAUCAACCCCUUGACUAAUUGAUGCAGGUGUGCCAGUCUGGUUGUUCCAGAGGAGAGGGUUGGGAAGUACUGCGCCUAGCAGGCAACCUUGGUCCUGUAGUGCCGCAUGAACUUUAUGUUUUGGAUUUAACCGACCAGGAAGACCAGGUGUGUUGAAGUUUGUCAAUCACUCAACCGAUCAUUUAGUUCAGUUGGUCUGGUGUGGAGCCUAGUUGGGACAACACCCUGCAGUACCUGCAGCACUCCAGUAACGGGGUUGCUUACCCCUGACCUAGACUAAGCUUUGACUGCCAAUCACUUCUUCAGCAGGUUGAGUGAAGUACUGCCCACUUCUGGCUGCUGUGAGGAAUGCACCGUGUCAAGACACUAAAGCAGGGUUUCCCAAACUCGGUCCUUGGGACCCCAAAGGGUGCACGUUUUGGUUUUUGCCCUAGCACUACACAGCUGAUUAAACUAAUCAUCAGGCUUUGAUAAGUUGAAACAGCAGUGUAUUGUUCGUGCAAAAACCAAACCGUGCACCCUUUGGGGUCCCGAGGACCGAGAUUGUGAAACGCUGAACUAAAGGCUUUUAGGUACAUUAGCGUGUGUUUGCUUUUCAGUGGCCUCUCAUGCCAGUGUCCAGGGUAUGACUUAGACAGUAUUCCAAUAUUCUAAUACUGCUGGUUAUGGUUGUUAUGACUGAGAUGUGAGAGACCUGGUAGGUUGACAGGGUUCCAUUACUUUGUUAUGACUGAGAUGUGAGAGACCUGAUAGGUUGACAGGGUUCCAUUCCUUUGUAAUGACUGAGAUUUGAGAGACCUGGUAGGUUGACAGGGUUCCAUUCCUUUGUUAUGACUGAGAUGUGAGAGACCUGGUAGGUUGACAGGGUUCCAUUCCUUUGUUAUGACUGAGAUGUGAGAGACCUGGUAGGUUGACAGGGUUCCAUUCCUUUGUUAUGACUGAGAUGUGAGAGGCCUGGUAGGUUGACAGCGUUCCAUCAUAUUGCGUUCAUAUGGUGAGGUCUGUCAGAUUUGUGGUGGUUACAAAUGAUAGGAGUUCAUGAAAAGGGACAAGGAAAGGAAGGAUGCAGAUUGAGACUAGUGGGAUGUGUCCUUAGUGGUUGGGCCACUGACUGUGUAGUUUAUGGUGGAGUUAAAUCACUGACUGUGUAGUUUAUGGUGGAGUCCAGCCAAUGACUGUGUAGUUUAUGGUGGAGUUAAAUCACUGACUGUGUAGUUUAUGGUGGAGUUCAGCCACUGACUGCGUAGUUUAUGGUGGAGUUCAGCCAAAGACUUUGUAGUUUAUGGUGGAGUCCAGCCAAUGACUGUGUAGUUUAUGGUGGAGUUAAAUCACUGACUGUGUAGUUUAUGGUGGAGUCCAGCCACUGACUGUGGAGUUUAUGGUGGAGUUAAAUCACUGACUGUGUAGUUUAUGGUGGAGUUCAGCCACUGACUGCGUAGUUUAUGGUGGAGUUCAGCCAAAGACUUUGUAAUUUAUGGUGGAGUCCAGCCAAUGACUGUGUAGUUUAUGGUGGAGUCCAGCCAAUGACUGUGUAGUUUAUGGUGGAGUCCAGCCACUGUAUAGACAGCACCUAAUCCAACAGUUAUAUCUGUAGAGUGAUGUAUGUUCACACAGAUUAAUACAGGUCACAUUCUAAUGCUAAUAUGCAUACACGCAGGAAAACACGCACACACACAGGACGGAAACACCAAAUGACUUCCGAGAAUUGUUUUUUCACACUUCGUUCAUACUGAGCUAUAUGUGAACAUGACUAACAACAGCAGCAGCACUGCUGAUACUGAGAAAAGGUUUCCCAUAAUAACAGUACAGAAAGACCCUUAAACCUCCUCAUCAUCCUUCCCCUCUAAUCAGGGACUGAUUCAGGCCUGGAAUACUAACAGCCAAUAUACCAAUAAUCAAUCAAUAACCCAGAAUAAAGGAAAGCAGCACUACAGUGAGGCUUGAGGCCCUUAGUCCAGGGUUUCCCAACCCUCUCCUCAGGGACCAUCAGACGUUUCACAUUUUAGUUUUAGCCCUAAACGGACAAACCUGAUACAGUCUACUAACCAUCAACCCCUUGACUAAUUGAUGCAGGUGUGCCAGUCUGGUUGUUCCAGAGGAGAGGGUUGGGAAGUACUGCGCCUAGCAGGCAACCUUGGUCCUGUAGUGCCGCAUGAACUUUAUGUUUUGGAUUUAACCGACCAGGAAGACCAGGUGUGUUGAAGUUUGUCAAUCACUCAACCGAUCAUUUAGUUCAGUUGGUCUGGUGUGGAGCCUAGUUGGGACAACACCCUGCAGUACCUGCAGCACUCCAGUAACGGGGUUGCUUACCCCUGACCUAGACUAAGCUUUGACUGCCAAUCACUUCUUCAGCAGGUUGAGUGAAGUACUGCCCACUUCUGGCUGCUGUGAGGAAUGCACCGUGUCAAGACACUAAAGCAGGGUUUCCCAAACUCGGUCCUUGGGACCCCAAAGGGUGCACGUUUUGGUUUUUGCCCUAGCACUACACAGCUGAUUAAACUAAUCAUCAGGCUUUGAUAAGUUGAAACAGCAGUGUAUUGUUCGUGCAAAAACCAAACCGUGCCCCCUUUGGGGUCCCGAGGACCGAGAUUGUGAAACGCUGCACUAAAGGCUUUUAGGUACAUUAGCGUGUGUUUGCUUUUCAGUGGCCUCUCAUGCCAGUGUCCAGGGUAUGACUUAGACAGUAUUCCAAUAUUCUAAUACUGCUGGUUAUGGUUGUUAUGACUGAGAUGUGAGAGACCUGGUAGGUUGACAGGGUUCCAUUCCUUUGUUAUGACUGAGAUGUGAGAGACCUGAUAGGUUGACAGGGUUCCAUUCCUUUGUAAUGACUGAGAUUUGAGAGACCUGGUAGGUUGACAGGGUUCCAUUCCUUUGUUAUGACUGAGAUGUGAGAGACCUGGUAGGUUGACAGGGUUCCAUUCCUUUGUUAUGACUGAGAUGUGAGAGACCUGGUAGGUUGACAGGGUUCCAUUCCUUUGUUAUGACUGAGAUUUGAGAGGCCUGGUAGGUUGACAGGGUUCCAUUCCUUUGUUAUGACUGAGAUUUGAGAGGCCUGGUAGGUUGACAGGGUUCCAUUCCUUUGUUAUGACUGAGAUUUGAGAGGCCUGGUAGGUUGACAGGGUUCCAUUCCUUUGUUAUGACUGAGAUGUGAGAGGCCUGGUAGGUUGACAGGGUUCCAUCAUAUUGCGUUCAUAUGGUGAGGUCUGUCAGAUUUGUGGUGGUUACAAAUGAUAGGGGAUAAUGAAAAGGGACAAGGAAAGGAAGGACGCAUAUUGAGACUAUUGGGAUGUGGCCCUAGUGGUUAGGCCACUGACUGUGCAGUUUAUGGUGGAGUUCAGCCAAUGACUGUGUAGUUUAUGGUGGAGUCCAGCAACUGACUGUGUAGUUUAUGGUGGAGUCCAGCCACUAAAUAUGUAUUUAAUGGUGGAGUCCAGCCACUGACUGUGUAGUUUAUGGUGGAGUUCAGCCAAUGUCUGUGGAAUUUAUGGUGGAGUUCAGCCAAUGACUGUGGAAUUUAUGGUGGAGUUCAGCCAAUGUCUGUGGAAUUUAGGGUGGAGUUCAGCCAAUGACUGUGGUGUUUAUGGUGGAGUUCAGUCACUUACCGUGUAGUUUAUUGUGGAGUCCAGCCACUGACUGUGUAGUUUAUGAUGGAGCCCAGCCACUGACUGUGUAGUGUAUGGUGGAGUUCAGCCAAUGUCUGUGGAAUUUAUGGUGAAGUUCAGCCAAUGACUGUGGAGUUUAUGGUGGAGUUCAGCCAAUGUCUGUGGAAUGUAUGGUGAAGUUCAGCCAAUGACUGUGGAGUUUAUGGUUGAGUUCAGCCAAUGUCUGUGGAAUUUAUGGUGGAGUUCAGCCAAUGACUGUGGUGUAUAUGGUAGAGUACAGUCACUUACCGUGUAGUUUAUUGUGGAGUCCAGCCAAUGACUGUGUAGUUUAUGGUGGAGUCCAGCUACUGACUGUGUAGUUUAUGGUGGUGUCCAGCCACUGACUGUGUAGUUUAUGAUGGAGCCCAGCCACUGACUGUCGAGUUUAUGGUGGAGUUCAGCCACUGACUGUGGAGUUUAUGGUGGAGUUCAGCCACUGACUGUGGAGUUUAUGGUGGAGUCCAGUCACUGACUGUGGAGUUUAUGGUGGAGUUCAGUCACUGUCUGUGUAGUUUAUGGUGGAGUUCAGUCACUGACUGUGUAGUUUAUGGUGGAGUCCAGCCACUGACUGUGUAGUUUAUGGUUUAGUUCAGCCACUGACUGUGGAGUUUAUGGUUGAGUCCAGCCACUGACUGUGGAGUUUAUAGCCAGCCCCUGUAUAGGUGGCACCUUAUCCAACAGUUAUAUCUGUAGAGUGAUGUGUGUUUACACAGAUUAAUACAGGUCACUUUCAAAAGAACACAUGCAUACAUGCUAACACACACACACACACACACACACACACACACACACACACACACACAUACACACACACACACACACACACACACACACACACACACACACACACACACACACACACACACACACAGGCAGGAAACACCACAUGGCUUCUGAUAAAAAAAAAUUCACACUUCUUUCAUACUGAGCUAUAUGUGAACAUGACUAACACCAGCAGCAGCACUGCUGAUACUGAGAAAAGGUUACCCAUAGUAACAGUACAGAAAGACCCUUAAACCUCAUCAUCAUCCUUCCCCUCUAAUCAGGGACUGAUUCAGGCAUGAAAUACUCAUAUCCAAUAUACCACUAAUCAAUCAAUUGAUUGAUCGAUCAGUCGAUCAAUUAACCCAUCAAUUAAUCAGCUAUCAGGGAAUAAAGAAAACAGCACUACGGCAAACCUUGAGGCCCCUAGUAUAAACUUCGGAGCCAAUCAAGGACGGCAGGGGCAGGGCCCCACCACUUAUGAGAAUCAGCCGGUGAUGGGUGACAUGCCUGUGGGCUAAUCGGGGCGGGGCAAUUUGUGAAGAGACGUCCAGAAUUGACUUAAUGUAAUGUUGUAACUUUAGUUUGUCUAAACGUGGUACAGUGAAAGUGAAAACAAAAUGGACGAGACUUACUGUAGUCAAGCUCAAUGAUUUUCUUUAUUCAUUUUGCCAGAAGUUGCAGAAGACAUUUACUGUAAGUGCUUUAAAGUCUCCUAUGGAGUCUGAUACAAAGGCUAGUACAAACAUCUUAAUAAUCACUAUUUCAGGUAGUCAGGAUGAGGUUUGUAUGUAACAUCCACCAAUGAACCAAUUAACUUAAUACAAUAAAAGCUUUAAACACUGAAAACACAUUGUUUGGCUUUAUUUACUUUAAGAAGGAUAAGCAGCCUGGCUGUUUGAUUUAAAUCCUAUUUAGGGACAAUUACUCAAGAUCAACAUAGAUUUUCUUAAUUAAUAAUUGGCUUCUUAAAAAUGUUGCAAUUCAGGUUACUCUUGGGGGGUUUGAUACUCUCUAGUUUGUACACAACAUCGCACCAAAGGUUUUCAUCAUUUUCUUUCUUCAUCACGGCAGUAACUUUGAACACUUCAUACGGUGGAAUCAACACCUCCUUUUCAUGAUUCCCCAUGUUGGGGUAGGACUUCAGAUUAGCGGAAAAAACAUGUAUUUAUGUCAAAGCAAGACUUGUCUCCAAAUUUUUUUUAAAUUCCCUUCUCAAGAGAGCUGGAGGCAAAGAAGCCAAAUCUGAUUAUUUUGUUAACUUCACCUCCAAACUCCAUGUUGGUUCUCCGGUAUGUGGUGUGACAGGUCUGUUGGUUUAGUUUCAGGAGGCAAAUGGCGUCAGUCAGCAGGAAAUGCAGGGAGUGGAACUGGAAGGAGGUUGUGUACUCUGUUCUAUUGGUCCGGACUGCUUGGUUGAACACUGGGUAUAUCUUAGGGGAACCUGCUGUGUAAGCACAGAUAGCCUUGAUAUGAUCAUGUGUAAGUUUGUCUUUAGAAUUGGACUUGGCCUUUCUUGCACAUUUUUCUGCAUUCAUCCAGGCUUGUUUGAAGAUCCCUUCCCUGUUGUUUUCAUGUUCCAGAUAUUCCUUCUGCACCUUGUUGUACAUUUGUUCAGUGCAGCCGUUAUACAUGUCGUCAAGGGAGUUAGGGACCAUGUCUAAGGGUUUGGGGGAAUUGAGACCAAGUUGACGGAGAUGAACCUUCAGAGAAUUGGUCGAAAAAAAACAGGUACAAAGUGUAAGAGGGAUUUUUUAUAUGUAUUUAAAUUAUCUUUCUCUCUCUCUCACGCUCUCCCUCUCUCUCUCUCUCUCUCUCUCUCACAUUUUAUAUAAAACAAAUCGAACAAAUUAACAAACACAUAUCUAAUACAAAAAUGUAAUACAAAACUGUAAUAUUGUAAUACCCUUUCUCUCUCUCUCUCUCUCUCUCUCUAUUUGAAGAUACAGAAUCAGCAUUGAAAUGUUUAACUUUCAGGGAGUGUUUUUAUACCAGUGCUCUUAUGGUAAUUUUCACAGUCCCUCCUCUCUUGCUGAGAACAAGCACCUACAGGCACAAGUACCCAUCAAACCACAAACCCCUUAGCACAGUACACACACACACACACACACGCACACACACACACACACACACACACACACACACACACACACACACACACACACACACACACACACACACACACACACACACACACACACACACACACACACACACACACACACACACACACACACACACACACACACACACACACACACACACACACACACACACACACACACACACAUAGAUAGCCUAGUGGUUAUGAGCAUUGGGCCAGUAAUUGAAAAGUUGCUGGUUCAUGUCCCCCAGCCAGCCAGGUGGAAAAAUCUGCCAUUCUCCCCGGUUGCCGAUGACGUUGAUUAAGGUAGCCCCCUGCACCUCUCUGAUUCAGAAGGGUUGGGUUAAAUGUGGAAGACACAUUUUGGUUGAAUGCAUUCAGUUGUGCAACUGACUAGGUAUCCCCCUUUCCCUUCACAUACUCACACACAUACAGUGUGAUGCCUAGUUGGGACAAAAUCCUGCAGUACCUGAUGCCCUCCACAAAUAGUGUUGAUUUCCUCUGGCCUAGUCUAAGCUUUGUCUGCCAAUCAUUCCUUUAUCUGGUUGAGUUAAACACUGCCCUCUUCUGCCCAGAAUGCACAGUCAAGACUAAAGGCCUCUGGGUACAUUAGUGUGUGUGUUUGCUAUUCUGUUGUCUCUCAUGCCAAUGUCCAGGUUAUGAUUUAGGCAGUAUUCUAAUACUACUGGUUAUGGUUGUUACCUUUCCUUUGUUAUGACUGAGAUGUGAGAGGCCUGGUAGGUUAACAGGGUUCCAUUCCUUUGUUAUGACUGAGAUGUGAGAGGUCUGGUAGGUUAACAGGGUUCCAUUCCUUUGUUAUGACUGAGAUGUGAGAGGCCUGGUAGGUUGAUAGUGUUCCAUCAUAUUGCGUUCAUAUGGUGAGGUCUGUCAGAUUUGUGGUGGUUACAAAUGAUAGGAGUUCAUGAAAAGGGACAAGGAAAGGAAGGAUGCAGAUUGAGACUAUUGGGAUGUGUCCUUAGUGGUUGGGCCACUGACUGUGUAGUUUAUGGUGGAGUUCAGCCACUGACUGUGUAGUUUAUGGUGGAGUUCAGCCACUGACUGUGUAGUUUAUGGUGGAGUUCAGUCACUGACUGUGUAGUUUAUGGUGGAGUCCAGCCACUGACUGUGUAGUUUAUGGUUUAGUUCAGCCACUGACUGUGGAGUUUAUGGUUGAGUCCAGCCACUGACUGUGGAGUUUAUAGCCAGCCCCUGUAUAGGUGGCACCUUAUCCAACAGUUAUAUCUGUAGAGUGAUGUGUGUUUACACAGAUUAAUACAGGUCACUUUCAAAAGAACACAUGCAUACAUGCUAACACACACACACACACACACACACACACAUACACACACACACACACACAUACACACACACACACACACACACACACACACACACACACACACACACACACACACACACACACACACACAGGCAGGAAACACCACAUGGCUUCUGAUAAAAAAAAAUUCACACUUCUUUCAUACUGAGCUAUAUGUGAACAUGACUAACACCAGCAGCAGCACUGCUGAUACUGAGAAAAGGUUACCCAUAGUAACAGUACAGAAAGACCCUUAAACCUCAUCAUCAUCCUUCCCCUCUAAUCAGGGACUGAUUCAGGCAUGAAAUACUCAUAUCCAAUAUACCACUAAUCAAUCAAUUGAUUGAUCGAUCAGUCGAUCAAUUAACCCAUCAAUUAAUCAGCUAUCAGGGAAUAAAGAAAACAGCACUACGGCAAACCUUGAGGCCCCUAGUAUAAACUUCGGAGCCAAUCAAGGACGGCAGGGGCAGGGCCCCACCACUUAUGAGAAUCAGCCGGUGAUGGGUGACAUGCCUGUGGGCUAAUCGGGGCGGGGCAAUUUGUGAAGAGACGUCCAGAAUUGACUUAAUGUAAUGUUGUAACUUUAGUUUGUCUAAACGUGGUACAGUGAAAGUGAAAACAAAAUGGACGAGACUUACUGUAGUCAAGCUCAAUGAUUUUCUUUAUUCAUUUUGCCAGAAGUUGCAGAAGACAUUUACUGUAAGUGCUUUAAAGUCUCCUAUGGAGUCUGAUACAAAGGCUAGUACAAACAUCUUAAUAAUCACUAUUUCAGGUAGUCAGGAUGAGGUUUGUAUGUAACAUCCACCAAUGAACCAAUUAACUUAAUACAAUAAAAGCUUUAAACACUGAAAACACAUUGUUUGGCUUUAUUUACUUUAAGAAGGAUAAGCAGCCUGGCUGUUUGAUUUAAAUCCUAUUUAGGGACAAUUACUCAAGAUCAACAUAGAUUUUCUUAAUUAAUAAUUGGCUUCUUAAAAAUGUUGCAAUUCAGGUUACUCUUGGGGGGUUUGAUACUCUCUAGUUUGUACACAACAUCGCACCAAAGGUGUUCAUCAUUUUCUUUCUUCAUCACGGCAGUAACUUUGAACACUUCAUACGGUGGAAUCAACACCUCCUUUUCAUGAUUCCCCAUGUUGGGGUAGGACUUCAGAUUAGCGGAAAAACAUGUAUUUAUGUCAAAGCAAGACUUGUCUCCAAAUUUUUUUUAAAUUCCCUUCUCAAGAGAGCUGGAGGCAAAGAAGCCAAAUCUGAUUAUUUUGUUAACUUCACCUCCAAACUCCAUGUUGGUUCUCCGGUAUGUGGUGUGACAGGUCUGUUGGUUUAGUUUCAGGAGGCAAAUGGCGUCAGUCAGCAGGAAAUGCAGGGAGUGGAACUGGAAGGAGGUUGUGUACUCUGUUCUAUUGGUCCGGACUGCUUGGUUGAACACUGGGUAUAUCUUAGGGGAACCUGCUGUGUAAGCACAGAUAGCCUUGAUAUGAUCAUGUGUAAGUUUGUCUUUAGAAUUGGACUUGGCCUUUCUUGCACAUUUUUCUGCAUUCAUCCAGGCUUGUUUGAAGAUCCCUUCCCUGUUGUUUUCAUGUUCCAGAUAUUCCUUCUGCACCUUGUUGUACAUUUGUUCAGUGCAGCCGUUAUACAUGUCGUCAAGGGAGUUAGGGACCAUGUCUAAGGGUUUGGGGGAAUUGAGACCAAGUUGACGGAGAUGAACCUUCAGAGAAUUGGUCGAAAAAAAACAGGUACAAAGUGUAAGAGGGAUUUUUUAUAUGUAUUUAAAUUAUCUUUCUCUCUCUCUCACGCUCUCCCUCUCUCUCUCUCUCUCUCUCUCUCUCACAUUUUAUAUAAAACAAAUCGAACAAAUUAACAAACACAUAUCUAAUACAAAAAUGUAAUACAAAACUGUAAUAUUGUAAUACCCUUUCUCUCUCUCUCUCUCUCUCUCUCUAUUUGAAGAUACAGAAUCAGCAUUGAAAUGUUUAACUUUCAGGGAGUGUUUUUAUGCCAGUGAUCUUAUGGUAAUUUUCACAGUCCCUCCUCUCUUGCUGAGAACAAGCUCCUACAGGCACAAGUACCCAUCAAACCACAAACCCCUUAGCACAGUACACACACACACACACACACGCACACACACACACACACACACACACACACACACACACACACACACACACACACACACACACACACACACACACACACACACACACACACACACACACACACACACACACACACACACACACACACACACACACACACACACACACACAUAGAUAGCCUAGUGGUUAUGAGCAUUGGGCCAGUAAUUGAAAAGUUGCUGGUUCAUGUCCCCCAGCCAGCCAGGUGGAAAAAUCUGCCAUUCUCCCCGGUUGCCGAUGACGUUGAUUAAGGUAGCCCCCUGCACCUCUCUGAUUCAGAAGGGUUGGGUUAAAUGUGGAAGACACAUUUUGGUUGAAUGCAUUCAGUUGUGCAACUGACUAGGUAUCCCCCUUUCCCUUCACAUACUCACACACAUACAGUGUGAUGCCUAGUUGGGACAAAAUCCUGCAGUACCUGAUGCCCUCCACAAAUAGUGUUGAUUUCCUCUGGCCUAGUCUAAGCUUUGUCUGCCAAUCAUUCCUUUAUCUGGUUGAGUUAAACACUGCCCUCUUCUGCCCAGAAUGCACAGUCAAGACUAAAGGCCUCUGGGUACAUUAGUGUGUGUGUUUGCUAUUCUGUUGUCUCUCAUGCCAAUGUCCAGGUUAUGAUUUAGGCAGUAUUCUAAUACUACUGGUUAUGGUUGUUACCUUUCCUUUGUUAUGACUGAGAUGUGAGAGGCCUGGUAGGUUAACAGGGUUCCAUUCCUUUGUUAUGACUGAGAUGUGAGAGGUCUGGUAGGUUAACAGGGUUCCAUUCCUUUGUUAUGACUGAGAUGUGAGAGGCCUGGUAGGUUGAUAGUGUUCCAUCAUAUUGCGUUCAUAUGGUGAGGUCUGUCAGAUUUGUGGUGGUUACAAAUGAUAGGAGUUCAUGAAAAGGGACAAGGAAAGGAAGGAUGCAGAUUGAGACUAUUGGGAUGUGUCCUUAGUGGUUGGGCCACUGACUGUGUAGUUUAUGGUGGAGUUCAGCCACUGACUGUGUAGUUUAUGGUGGAGUUCAGCCACUGACUGUGUAGGUUAUGGUGUAGUCCAGCCACUGACUGUGUAGUUUAUGGUGGAGUUCAGCCAAAGACUGUGUAGUUUAUGGUGGAGUUCAGCCAAAGACUGUGUAGUUUAUGGUGGAGUUCAGCCAAAGACUGUGUAGGUUAUGGUGGAGUCCAGCCACUGACUGUGUAGUUUAUGGUGGAGUUCAGCCAAAGACUGUGUAGUUUAUGGUGGAGUUCAGCCAAAGACUGUGUAGUUUAUGGUGGAGUUCAGCCAAAGACUGUGUAGGUUAUGGUGGAGUCCAGCCACUGACUGUGUAGUUUAUGGUGGAGUUCAGCCAAAGACUGUGUAGUUUAUGGUGGAGUUCAGCCAAAGACUGUGUAGUUUAUGGUGGAGUUCAUCCACUGAAUGUGGAGUUUAUGGUGGAGUUAAAUCACUGACUGUCUAGUUUAUGGUGGAGUCAAGCCACUGACUGUGUAGUUUAUGGUGGAGUCCAGCCACUGAAUGUGUAGUUUAUGGUGGAGUCCAGCCACUGAAUGUGUAGUUUAUGGUGGAGUUCAGCCACUGACUGUGUAGUUUAUGGUGGAGUCCAGCCAAUGACUGUGUAGUUUAUGGUGGAGUCCAGCCACUGUAUAGACAGCACCUAAUCCAACAGUUAUAUCUGUAGAGUGAUGUAUGUUCACACAGAUUAAUACAGGUCACAUUCUAAUGCUAAUAUGCAUACACGCAGGAAAACACGCACACACACAGGACGGAAACACCAAAUGACUUCCGAGAAUUGUUUGUUCACACUUCGUUCAUACUGAGCUAUAUGUGAACAUGACUAACAACAGCAGCAGCACUGCUGAUACUGAUAAAAGGUUCCCCAUAGUAACAGUACAGAAAGACCCUUAAACCUCCUCAUCAUCCUUCCCCUCUAAUCAGGGACUGAUUCAGGCCUGGAAUACUAACUGCCAAUAUACCAAUAAUCAAUCAAUCACCCAGAAUAAAGGAAAGCAGCACUACAGUGAAGCUUGAGGCCCUUAGUCCAGGGUUUCCCAACCCUCUCCUCAGGGACUACCAGACGUUUCACAUUUUUGUUUUAGACCUAAACUGGCACACCUGAUACAGUCUACUAACCAUCAACCCCUUGACUAAUUGAUGCUGGUGUGCCAGUCUGGUUGUUCCAGAGGAGAGGGUUGGGAAGUACUGUGCCUAAUAUACAACCCUGGUCCUGGAGUGCUGCAGGAACUUUAUGUUUUGGAUUUAACCGACCAGGCAGACCAGGUGUGUUGAAGUUUGUCAAUCAUUCAACCGAUCAUUUAGUUCAGUUGGUCUGGUGUGGAGCCUAGUUGGGACAACACCCUGCAGUACCUGCAGCACUCCAGUAACGGGGUUGCUUACCCCUGGCCUAGACUAAGCUUAGUCUGCCAAUCACUUCUUCAGCAGGUUGAGUGAAAUACUGCCCACUUCUGGCUGCUGUGAGGAAUGCACCAUGUCAAGACACUAAAGUAGUGUUUCCCAAACUUGGUCCUUGGGACCCCAAAGGGUGAACGUUUUGGUUUUUGCCCUAGCACUACACAGCUGAUUAAACUAAUCAUCAGGCUUUGAUAAGUUGAAACAGCAGUGUAUUGUUCGUGCAAAAACCAAACCGUGCACCCCUUGGGGUCCCGAGGACCGAGAUUGGGAAACGCUGCACUAAAGGCUUUUUGGUACAUUAUUGUGUGUUUUGUUUUCAGUGGUCUCUCAUGCCAGUGUCCAGGGUAUGAUUUAGACAGUGUCCCAAUAUUCUAAUACUACUGGUUAUGGUUGUUACCUUUACUUUGUUAUGACUGAGAUGUGAGAGGACUGGUAGGUUGAUAGUGUUCAAUUACUUUGUUAUGACUGAGAUGUGAGAGGCCUGGUAGGUUGACAGGGUUCCAUUCCUUUGUUAUGACUGAGAUGUGAGAGGCCUGGUAGGUUGACAGCGUUCCAUCAUAUUGCGUUCAUAUGGUGAGGUCUGUCAGAUUUGUGGUGGUUACAAAUGAUAGGAGAUAAUGAAAAGGGACAAGGAAGGGAAGGACGCAGAUUGAGACUAUUGGGAUGUGGCCUUAGUGGUUAGGCCACUGACUGUGUAGUUUAUGGUGGAGUUCAGUCACUGUCUGUGUAGUUUGUAUUCUAGUCCAUUCACUGACUGUGUAGUUAAUGUUGGAGUCAACAAUAAUCAAUCAAUAACCCAGAAUAAAGGAAAGCAGCACUAGAGUGAGGCUUGAGGUCCUUAGUCCAGGGUUUCCCAACCCUCUCCUCAGGGACCAUCAGACGUUUCACAUUUUAGUUUUAGCCCUAAACUGACAAACCUGAUACAGUCUACUAACCAUCAACCCCUUGACUAAUUGAUGCAGGUGUGCCAGUCUGGUUGUUCCAGAGGAGAGGGUUGGGAAGUACUGCGCCUAGCAGGCAACCUUGGUCCUGGAGUGCCGCAGGAACUUUAUGUUUUGGAUUUAACCGACCAGGAAGACCAGGUGUGUUGAAGUUUGUCAAUCACUGAACCGAUCAUUUAGUUCAGUUGGUCUGGUGUGGAGCCUAGUUGGGACAACACCCUGCAGUACCUGCAGCACUCCAGUAACGGGGUUGCUUACCCCUGGCCUAGACUAAGCUUUGACUGCCAAUCACUUCUUCAGCAGGUUGAGUGAAAUACUGCCCACUUCUGGCUGCUGUGAGGAAUGCACCAUGUCAAGACACUAAAGCAGGGUUUCACAAGAUCGGUGCUCGGGACCUUAAAGGCCCGUUUUGGUUUUUGACCUACAGCCACUGACUGUGUAGUUUGUUGGAGUCCAGCCACUGACUGUGUAGUUUAUGUUGGAGUCCAGCCACUGACUGUGUAGUUUAUGGUGGAGUCCAGCCACUGACUGUGUAGUUUAUGGUGGAGUCCAGCCACUGUAUAGACAGCACCUAAUCCAACAGUUAUAUCUGUAGAGUGAUGUGUGUUCACACAGAUUAAUACAGGUCACAUUCUAAUGAACACAUGCAUACACACACACACACACACACUCUUUUGUCUUCAUAACACGGAAAUAAGUCACAUGAAUAACAGUGUUUGUUCAGCAGGAAGUUGCCAUUGAUAAAGAUCGUUCAGAAUGUCAACACUCGUUAUUUACCAAGAGAGGAAAGGAGAGAGAAAAGGUGUGUUUCACCAUCACCCUGUUCAAUACAGAGACAUUUUAUUAGUCCACCAUCACCCUGUUACUGCUUCAAUACAGGGACAUUAUAUUAGUCCACCAUCACCCUGUUACUGCUUCAAUACAGGGACAUUAUAUUAGUCCACCAUCACCCUGUUACUGCUUCAAUACAGGGACAUUAUAUUAGUCCACCAUCACCCUGUUACUGCUUCAAUACAGGGACAUUUCAUUAGUCCACCAUCACCCUGUUACUGCUUCAAUACAGGGACAUUAUAUUAGUCUACCAUCACCCUGUUACUGCUUCUAUACAGGGACAUUUUAUUAGUCUACCAUCACCCUGUUACUGCUUCAAUACAGGGAUAUUAUAUUAGUCCACCAUCACCCUGUUACUGCUUCAAUACAGGGACAUUAUAUUAGUCUACCAUCACCCUGUUACUGCUUCAAUACAGGGACAUUUUAUUAGUCCACCAUCACCCUGUUACUGCUUCAAUACAGGGACAUUUUAUUAGUCCACCAUCACCUUGUUGCUGUGUCGAAACAGCGGGAGGCUAGAGAAGGAGGAUACAUUGGCACACACACAAUCACAGAUUUCUACAGAUUCUAAAGUGGGGGUCAAUGUUCUCUGAAGAACGUUGGAGAACAGAAUCUUGGAUGUCUGCAUUCCAGCAACAUUCAGCAAUCGUUAUGAUGUGUUUGGAAAAAAUGGUUCCGUUGUUGUACUUCUGACCUGUGUCACUAAAGUUACAAUAACUUAUGUUGUGUUAUAAACUGGUUGGUUCCAGCCCUGAAUGCUGAUUGGCUGACAUCCAUGGUAUAUGACAUAAUAAACUGGGUGGUUCGAGCCCUGAAUGCUGAAUGGCUGACCGCCAGACAGUAUACCACGGGUAUGACAAAACGUGUUUUUACUGCUCUGAUUACGUUGGUAACCAGUUUAUAAUUUAUAACAGCCAAUAUACCACGGCUAAGGUCUGCAUUGCGUCGUGCCUAAGAACAGCCCUUAGCAGUGGUAUUUACAUUUUAGUCAUUUAGCAGACGCUCUUAUCCAGAGCGACUUACAGUUAGUGAGUGCAUACAUUAUUUUUUUAUUUUUCAUACUGGCCCCUCAUGGGAAUCGAACCCACAACCCUGGCGUUGCAAACGCCAUGCUCUAACAACUGAGCUACAUCCCUGCCGGCCAUUCCCUCCCCUACCCUGGAUGACGCUGGGCCAAAUGUGCGCCGCCCCAUGGGUCUCCCGAUCACGGCCGGCUAUGACAGAGCCUGGAUUCGAACCAGGAUCUCUAGUGGCACAGCUAGCACCGCGAUGCAGUGCCUUAGACCACUGCGCCACUCGGGAGACGGUAUAUUGGCCAUAUACCACACCCCCUCGGGCCUCAUUACUUAAUUAUACCACAUCAUACAGUAUUGCUAGUGCUACAAAAUCUAGCAAAGGUGAAACACGUUAACAGUGCUUCCUGGGUUAAGAACUGAGGUCCUGUUUCGCUUAGCUGAUAUACAUGUGUCCCUAACAAUGUAUGGGUGGUGGGUUCGAUUCCCUCAGGAGUCACAUAACCUAUUCUAAAGAUGUAUGCACACACUGUAGUUUAAAUGGCUUAGAAUUAAAGCAGUUGCUAAAUGGCUACUGAACAAAUAUAAAAUGCAACAUUUUACUGAGUUACAGUUCAUGUAAGGAAAUCAGUCAAUUGAAAUAAAUUCAUUAGGCCCUAAUCUAUGGAUUUCACAUGACUGGGAAUACAGAUGUGCAUCUGUUGGUCCCAGAUACCUUUUUUUUUUUUUUUUUUUUUGUAGGGGCGUGGAUCAGAAAACCAGUCAGUAUCUGGUGACAACCAUUUGCCUCAUAUUGUGCGACAUCUCCUUCACAUUGCUCAGGCUGUUGAUUGUAGCCUGUGGGAAAAAUGUCCCUCUCCUCUUCAAUGAUUCUGUGAAGUUGCUUGAUAUUGGAGGGAACUGGAACAGGCUGUCGUACACGUCGAUCCAGAGCAUCCCAAAUAUGCUCAAUGGGUGACAUGUCUGGUGAGUAUGCAGCCCAUGGAAGAACUGGGACAUUUUCAACUUCCAGGAAUUGUGUACAGAUCCUUGCAACACGGGGCCGUGCAUUAUCAUGCUGAAACAUGAAAGAAGGCGGCGGAUGAACGGCACGACUAUGGGCCUCAGGAUCUCGUCACGAUAUCUCUGUGCAUUGAAAUUGCCAUCGAUAAAAUGCAAUUGUGUUCGUUGUCCGAAGCUUAUGCCUGCCCAUACCAUAACCCCGCCGCCACCAUGGGGCACUCAAUUCACAACGUUGACAUCAGCAAACUGCUCGCCCACACGACGCCAUACACGCUGUCUUCAAUCUGCCCGGUACAGUUGAAACAGGGAUUCAUCUGUGAAGAACACACUUCUCCAACGUGCCAGUGGCCAUCGAAGGUGAACAUUUGCCGACUGAAGUCGGUUACGACGCCAAACUGCUGUUGAGGAUGACGAGCAUGCAGAUGAGCUUCCCUGAGAACUUUUCAUCAGCUGUCCAGGUGGCUGGUCUCAGACGAUCCCUCAGAUGAAUAAGUCGGAUGUGGAGGUCCUGGGCUGGCGUGGUUACACGUGGUCUGCGGUUGUGAGGCCGGUUGGACAUACUGCCAAAUUCUCUAAAACGACGUUGGAGGCAGCUUAUGAUAGAGAAAUUAGCAUUCAAUUCUCUGGCAACAGCUCUGGUGGACGUACCUGCAGUCAGUAUGCCAAUUACACGCUCCCUCAAAACUUGAAACAUCUGUGGCAUUGUGUUGUGUGACAAAACUGCACAUUUUAGAGUGGCCUUUUAUUAUCCCCAGCACAAGGUCCACCUGUGUAAUGAUCAAGCUGUUUAAUCGGCUUCUUGAUAUGCCAUACCUGUCAGGUGGAUGGAUUAUAUUGGCAAAGGAGAAAUGCUCACUAACAGGGAUGUAAACACAUUUGUGCACAACAAUUGAGAGUCAUAAGCUUUUUGUGCAGAUGGAAAAUGUCUGAUAUUUUCUUUUUCAGCUCAUGAAACAUGGGACCAACACUUUAUAUGUUGCGUUGAUAUUUCUGUUCAAUAUAUUAACAGACUUCUGUUAAAGACAAUCAUGAAAAAACAGCAUAUUUUGGAGACGGUUAUCACCUACAGUACCAAUCCUGAUUCAACCGUUGUCUGUAGACUAAAAUAUGUAGCAAUACUGUAUAUCACGUUUCACUUUCAUGUGGUGCUAUGCGAAAAGGUACUGUAUGAUGUUGUGUUGUCAAGGCUACAGCCAUGAUUCUUCACUCUGUUCCUGAUGUUGUGUUGUCAAGGCUAAAGCCAUAAUUCUCCACUCUGUUCCUGAUGUUCUGUUGUCAAGGCUACGACCAUGAUCCUCCACUCUGUUCCUGAUGUUGUGUUGUCAAGGCUACAGCCAUGAUUCUCCAAUCUGUUCCUGAUAUUGUGUUGUCAAGGCUACAGUCAUGAUUCUCCACUCUGUUCCUGAUGUUGUGUUGUCAAGGCUACAGCCAUGAUUCUCCAAUCUGUUCCUGAUGUUGUGUUGUCAAGGCUACAGCAAUGAUUCUCCAAUCUGUUCCUGAUGUUGCAUUGUCAAGGCUAUAGCCAUGAUUCUCCACUCUGUUCCUGAUGUUGUGUUGUCAAGGCUACAGUCAUGAUUCUCCAAUCUGUUCCUGAUGUUGCGUUGUCAAGGCUGGGAGUCUAUUUGUGUAUUUUAUUUGAUUUAACCUUUAUUUAUACAGGUUAUUCUCGUUGGGAUAUAUUUUACAAUAUAGACCUGUUGUAAUUUGUACCAGUACUGUGCUUUUCCAUCUGGCUCCACGUCAACAUCUUUACAUGGCUGUUAGUCUGUUUGUUUGUAUCUUGUACCAGUACUGUGCUGUUUCUGUGGAAGUUUGUUUGGCAUGCUGUGACUCAUGCAGGGAUUGUUCCAUCAUAACCCCUGUGAGAAAUAAGACAGAGAAAUAAAACUAUGAAAAAUAAACAAAAAAACUAUGAAAAUCAAAACAAGGGGGAGAAACUGUCACCACUGGUGAAACUUACUCAUCUGGGAAAGAGUCACCUACUCAUCUCCCUCUUCAAACAAAAUGUGUUAUUUCUAUUAAAUAGCUCUUCAAACAAACAAUAAAGGUGGAUUCAUUUAGGAUGAAUGGCUUUGGAUGAUGUUUGUGUUGCAUGUGUUACCUGUGUUAGUGUCGUUGUAGGUGGAACUAUCUGGAGGUGGUUUCAAUAAACCAGGGAUAGUUUCACUCAGCCCGUUUCUCUCUCUCUCUCUCUCUCUCUCGCUCGCUCGCUCUCUUGCUCUCUCUCUCUCUCCUUCCUCUCGCUCUCCCUCUCCUCUCUCUCCUCUCUCUCUCCCUCUCCCCGUCCCUCUCGUCCUCCUCCUCUCUCUCUCCUCUCUCUCCUCUCCCUCUCCUCUAUCUCUCCCUACUCUCUCUCUCUCUGUAUUUUAAAGGUUCUUGUCCUUUCUGGACAUCUGUAGCAUCCUGUUACUGUUAAUGAUUAAUUCUAAUUCUAUGUUUCCUUCCGCCUGAACAUUGACAGGAAAUGGGAGUGACCUGAUUGCCAUGGAAAUGAAUGGUUACAGCAAAUGACAAUGGAUCAAUAAGUAACCUGACUGGGUAAUUGUGUCAGAACAGUGGAAGGCCAAAGAAUGAGAGUCUGUUGGUUCACUCUCUCAUAUAUAUCACUUCAGGGUGAAUCCUAACUUCAACUGAAGUUCAAUUUCCACUUAGUCUCCCAAUGACAUCAAUGCGUUACUAAGUAAACAUUUUGAAUUAAGUGGAAGUUAGGAUUCGCACCCUGUGUUGAAACAGUGGAAGGCCAGAAAAGGAUACAUUGGCUCGCACACACACACACACACACACACACAAUGAGACAUCUAAAACGGUGGAGGCUGCUGAGGGGAGGACGGCUCAUAAUAAUGGCAUGUGUUUGAUAUCAUUCCAUUGACUCCGUUCCAGCCAUUAUUAUGAGACGUCCUCCCCUCACCAGCCUCCACUGAUCUAAAGGUACAUACACAAUACACAUUCACUCUCCUCCUGUGAAUUGCUAAAUGAUGCUUCUCUUAUUGAGCUUAUUGUUAUUAGAUACAUCACUUCGCAUGUGUCCCAAAUGGCACCCUAUUCCUUAAAUAGUGCACUACUUUUGACCAGGGCUCAUAUAUAAGGAAAAGGGUGCCAUUUGGAACACAGCAUUCAUGUGCAUUGUAGUCAGACGUCCUCAAUGCUGACAGUAAGGCCUCCCCCACUGUCCUCCCACUGCUCUGACACACACACACAAGUAAACACGUACACACACAGCCCUCCUCCUCCUGUGUAUCUGGAGGAGUGUUCUGGUUGGGAAUUGGUAAUUGUGUCAGAACAGUGGAAGGCCAAAGAAUGAGAGUCCGUUGGUUCACUCUCUCAUAUACAUCACUUCAGGGUGAAUCCUAACUUCAACUGAAGUUCAAUUUCCACUUAGUCUCCCAAUGACAUCAAUGCGUUACUAAGUAAACAUUUGAAUUAAGUGGAAGUUAGGAUUCGCACCCUGUGUUGAAACAGUGGAAGGCCAGAAAAGGAUACAUUGGCUCGCACACACACACACACACACACACACAAUGAGACAUCUAAAACGGUGGAGGCUGCUGAGGGGAGGACGGCUCAUAAUAAUGGCAUGUGUUUGAUAUCAUUCCAUUGACUCCGUUCCAGCCAUUAUUAUGAGACGUCUGUUACGGAGUCUAGUUGAUAGGUAAUCGACUAGUUGGACUGUUCCCCAGACUCCACGCGUAGGGAUUUGUACAAGGCUUAACAAGGCUAUUGAACUGAACAUUGGUGUCUGUCUUUAUUCCUUAAUCCAACAUAUCAUACAGAAACAUGGUAUCAGAAGUGGCUCGGAAAACACACGUUUGUUAUUUUUGUAGCUAAGUACAGUAUAGGCGCAGUUACGUUCCAUAUGCGAACACAAGCCGUUUCCUACUCACAACACUGAUCAACUCGUGUUAGCUGGCUAGCUAGCAUCACUACCUACCUCCAUGACUGAAGACAAAGAAAUCUCCUAUUCCAUUGCUAUGGCAGCGAACAUUCCGCCACCAAAUCACAUGGUUCUCACAGGGGACUGGAAUACUAAUUGGGACAACUUCAGGGAUGAAUUCGAGGACUAUGCGCUGGCGACCGGUCUACAUGAGAAACCCAACGAGGUACAAGCGGCAACUCUGAGGAGUUUAAUGGGCAGCGAAUGCAGGCAUAUCUACCGGCACAAUUUCACCCUCACGGCACGACAACAGUGUGAUGCAAAGGCUAUAUUGGAUGCAUUGGAGAAUUACUUCAAACCCGCCAGAAACGUAAUUUACGAGCGGUUCGUUUUCGGAAGCUGCAAACAGGAAGAGGGUGAGUCAGUACACAACUUUGUAACCCGUUUGAGAGAGAAAUCCGCCACUUGUGAAUACGGGGGAUUGAAAGAUGAACUGAUUCGUGACAAAAUAGUACUGGGAAUUGCAAAUGAGAAUACGCGCCGGCGUCUACUGAGAGAGAGAGGCUUAACAUUAGUAACUGCCAUCGAAAUGUUCCGCACUGCUGAAGUCACUGACAUGAGAAUGAGAGCAAUGGAAACGGAAACCCCACGCUCCGACGUUGAUACUGUUCACGCUGUUGCUAGGCAGACAUUCAGACAAAACCAAUCGAGGCAGAGUAAUUCACCACGAACGGUGAACACAGAGAGCCCCGUAGCAUGUAAAUACUGUGGGAAUACACACACACGUGGCAAAGAGCACUGCCCGGCCUAUGGAAAACCAUGCAGAGCUUGUGGAACUAAUAAUCACUUUGCAAAAGUGUGUCUCAAAAGCAAAAGAAGGGUGAGUGAGGGCAAGAUUCACUGUGUUGAUGAUGUUACUCAAUGUUCAGAGCUGAACAGUGAAAGUGACAUUUACAUGCAUGAAUCCAUUGGGGCUGUACACUCAAGAGGGAAGAAAUGGUUUGUGACACUACGAUUACACAACAAGCAACAACAAUGUCAACUGGAUUCGGGUGCUACAUGCAACGUAAUGAGCUACAAAGACAAAAUCAAUCUGGCACCUGACACACAUCUAUUUCCCAGCGAUACUAGACUAAAGCUGUACUCAGGAGAACUAAUGAGCUCUAUGGGCACCUUUGAGACCGAAUGUGUUAUUCGGGGACGCAAACACAAGCUGGAGUUCGAGAUUGUGAAAACCAGUCAAAAUCCUCUCCUCUCAGGCUCUACAUGCGAACGCCUGGGACUGAUGCAGUUCACUGUACCAAAUGACCUGCACAUUGUGGAUCAUGUCCAGCAUGGACCCCUGUCCAAAGAACAACUACUCAGCAGAUAUGACGAUGUAUUCAACAUGCCCGUUGAAUCAGUGCCUGGGGAGGUACACUUUGAAGUGGAUGAGAGCAUUACUCCAGUCCAGUGUGCUCCUCGCAAUGUGCCCAUUGCAAUGAAAGUGGCUGUGAAGGCCCAGCUGGACAAGUAUGAGGCCGAUGGCCACAUGACAUCUGUGACUGAACCAACUGACUGGAUCAGCAAUAUGGUCAUAGUGAAAAAACCAGAGAAGCUGAGGGUCUGCAUCGACCCAAAGCAUCUGAACCAAGCACUGAAACGAUCCCACUACAUCAUGCCGACACUAGAGGAUGUCCUCUAUAAGCUUCCCAGGCCAGGAUUUUCACCUUGGUGGAUGCCCGAGAUGCAUUCCUUCAAUGCAAGCUGGACGAAGAAAGCAGCUUCAUGACUACCUUCUGGACCCCCUGGGGGUCGGAAACGCUGGCUCAAGCUCCCGUUUGGUGUCUCAGUGGCGCCUGAGGUAUACCAACGCAAGCAGCACGAGUUACUGGCUGGGCUCAAGGGCAUUGAACCCAUCGCCGAUGAUAUCCUGAUCGUAGGCUGUGGUGAAACAGACGAAGAAGCAGAACGCGACCACGAUGUGAAGCUCCUGGCACUGAUGGAGCGCUGCCGAUCAGUUAAGCUUCGUCUUGGCCUGAAGAAGCUGCAGUUCAAGGUGAAAGACGUCCACUUCCAUGGCCACAUUCUCUCGGCAAAAGGCCUGAAGCCGGACCCAGACAAGGUCCAAGCGAUCCUCGACAUGCCAAACCCGUCUGAUGCAAAAGGAGUACAGCGUCUCAUCGGCUUUGCAAAACUAUCUUGCAAAGUUCAUGCCACACCUAUCAGCAGUCUGUGAGCCUCUGCGCCGGUUGCUGGACAAAGACACACCAUGGCACUGGCUACCCAAGCACGAGGCCGCAGUGCAGGAGAUGAAAUCUCUGGCUUCAUCCAUGCCAGUGUUGCGCUACUACGACGUCACGAAGCCUGUCACAAUCCAGAGCGACUCUAGCCAAAGGGGACUUGGAUGCUGCCUUAUGCAGGAAGGCCAGCCCGUUGCGUUUGCCUCGAGAGCGCUCACCCCCACCGAACAAAACUAUGCACAAAUUGAGAAAGAGUGCCUCAGCAUCGUCUUCUCCUGUCAGCGAUUCCAUCACUACUUAUAUGGUCGAGAGCUGGUCACCGCUGAAACUGACCACAAACCACUCAUUGCCAUAUUCAGUAAACCUCUCCUCAACGCGCCCAAGAGGCUUCAAAGUAUGCUCCUGACUCUGCAAAACUACAGCCUGAAGGUCAUUUACAAGCCAGGACCUGAGAUGUACAUCAGCGACACACUGAGCAGGGCAACAGCACAAUGUACAGGUAGAGGCACUGCCUAUCAGCGGCAGGCCAUCUGUUCGCUACAGCAGGAACAACAAGAUGUUCAACAGAUCAAUCAGGCAGACUACUUAAACGUGACAGAUCACCGCCUAGCCCAGAUCAGGCAACAUACUGACAAGGACGAACACCUACAGUCACUGAAGUCCAUGGCUCUAGCAGGUUGGCCAUAUCUGAAAGAGGAGACACCUUUCACAGUGAGAGAAUACUGGACCUUUCGAGAUGAGAUCAGUGUGCAAAAUGGCGUCUUGUUCAGAGGUCAGAAGGUCAUUAUUCCCAAAUCACUACGUCCAGAGAUGCUUACCCGCAUACACUCCAGUCACGUCGGAGGUGACGCAUGCUACCGUCAGGCUCGUGAAACAUUAUACUGGCCAAACAUGCAAGCAGAAAUUAAAGACUUUGUCAGCAACUGUACCACAUGCAACGAGUACGCUCAUGAACAGCAAAAGGAAACCAUGAUGUCACACGAAACUGCCCACAAGGGCCUGGCAAAUCAUCAGCAUGGACUUAUUCAGCCACAGACAAAAGGGACUAUCUUCUCCUCGUUGAUCAUUACUCUGACUUUUGGGAAAUUGAACUGCUCCCUGACUUGUCCGCAGAGACGGUCAUAAAGCGCUGCAAGGCGCAGUUUGCAAGGCAAGGUCAGCCUGACAAGGUAAUCACGGACAAUGGCCCACAAUUCACUGCACAGUUCAAGCGUUUCGCCUCAGAAUGGGAGUUUGACCACGUGACCUCCUCUCCAAAGACACCCAAAAGCAAAUGGCAAGGCAGAAUCAGCUGUCAAGAUUGCAAAAAACCUGUUAAGCAGGGCCUUGCGCGACAGCAACGACCCAUGGAAAGCGAUCUUACAGUGGAGGAACACACCCACCGAAAACAUGGACAGCAGCCCAGCACAACGCCUUCUGUCCAGACGUCUGAAGACUACUAUCCCCGUAGCUAACAAGCUACUUGAGCCCUGCGUCAUGGUUGGCGUCACGGACAAACUGCGUCACAGAAAGCAGCUCGCUAAGUGCUUCUACGACCGGACUGCUCGAGACCUACCAGAGCUGGAGGUGGGUGAAACUAUAAGGAUGAAACCGCUGCCGGGAGACCACACAGGACUUUGGAGGCUGGGCACAAUGCCUACAGAGAGUUGCACACGUUCUUACCUGGUGGAUGUUGGUGGCUCCCUCUAUCGUCGCAAUCGGGUGGAUCUGCGCGUAGCAGAGCAGACAAACCAGAAACAUGCCAUACACUCACUUAGAUGAGCUGGAUCACAGUCCAGGCCUAAGGGUAAGGGGUGCAGAAUUGAGACAUGAGCCAACUGAAGGUGAAGCUUCUACCCCACCAAACUCUCCAGCUCGUGGCCCUAAUCCUACCCCUGUCAGAGCCAAUACUUACUCACGGGUGGGUCGGCUGUGCAAGCCACCGGACAGGCUUACUCUGUAAGCAAGAGACUUAACUUGUUGUCUGUUAAUAAAAAAAAAUAAAAAAAAAAUUUUUAAAAAAAAGGGAAAGAGCCAGUGAAAGAAAAAGGGUUUUCCCAAUUGUUAUGCUUGACAAAACCAAUGAAAACCGGUUUUUCCCCACUUUCUUUUGAAAGGAUUGUUGGAUUUUGUAGGAAUGACUAGGGAGUCCCCGACCCCAAACGGUGGGUUUUGUGGUUUUUUGGGGUAUUGUUAAAUUUGGGCUUUGCACCUUAACCAAAAUCAACCCGAAACAACCCUCCCUCCCUCACCACCCUCCACGAAAAAGGGAAUCACAAACACAAAAAACUUCUUUGAAUUCAAAAUGUCUUUCAUUGAUUUUUGUUUUAGAUAAAUAAUUCCCUUCCCCCAAAUGGACCCUUUACCUUAAAUAGUCCCAUUUUUGAACCCCAAAUAAAGGAAAAGGGUGCAUUUGGAAACCCCCCUUCAUUAUUUACAGAGUCCUCAAUGUACAGUAACCCCCCCCUGUCCUCCCUGUUGCAAAAAACCACAAACCCAAAGAAAAACUUUUAACCAAAUCCUCCCGGGAGGGGGGAGGGGGGGAAGCGGGAGGAAAGGGAAAGAGGAGGGGGGGUUUUGAAAAAGGUGGGAAAAGGGGAAAGGAAAAAAAGGAAAAAAACAAAAGGAUAGGGAAAAGAAAAAAAGGAAAAUAAAAGGGAACAACAGGAAAGAAAAAAAAACGGGAAGGGGAAGAACAGGCAAAGGGAAAAAACAAAUGUAAAAAAAAGGGGGAAAAAAAAAAAAAAGGGGGAAAAAGGGGGGUUUUUUAAAAAACGGGUUUAAAAGAAGGAAAGGGGGGGGGAAAGGAAAAAAAGAAAGGAAGAAACCAAAAGAGGAGGGGGAAAGGGAUUUUUUUUAAAAAAAAACCCCAAAUUUAAAAGACCCCCAAGGGGGGAAACCCCGGGGGGGGGAAAAAGGGGGGGGCGGGGAAGGAAAAAGGGGCAAGAAAAGGAGAAAAAAGGAGACAAAAAAAAGAGAGAGGAGAGAGAGAGAGAGAGAAGAGAAAAAGAGAGAGAAGAGAGAGAGGGAGAGAGAGAGAGGGAGAGAGAGAGAGAGAGAGGAGAGAGAGAGAGAGGAGAGAGAGAGAGAGAGAGAGAGGAGAGAGAGAGAGAGAGAAUACAGACAGAGUGUUUUCUUUAAAAGAGUUGUGGUGUAGAGACAGAACCAAACGACAGACAUAUUGAAAGGGUGAUAGAGUUUUCCUAAAAACAGUUGUAGUCCCUAGAUUAGCUCGUAGAACCAUAAGCUACCCAACAGCCUUGUCUCUCUUAGGCUGUGGUAAUUAGAGAACUUCUCCACCUCUCUCCUUGAACCCUCAAGGCCGUGUACGCUGCCAUGCAGACUUCCUUCCUCUUGAUGGCGCUGUCCCUGUCCCUGCCAGGGGGCACCCAGGCCUUCAAACCCCUCAUCUCAGCAGGGGGCUCUGUUACACACCGUGACAUCACACAGAGGGCUGUCUUACGCAAAACCGCCGAGGUCUGUCGCGCCCUGUCCGUCGCCCAGGGGAGGGACUUCAGCCUGCCGGUGAGUUGGCUAUUGGUGAAAGUUGUGACAGACAGGUAAUGAACUGAUGUUUUUGUAAUUGGUUCUAUAAGACAGCAAUGAAUGUACUAGUAUAUACAGUGCUGCUUGAAAGUAUGUGAACCCCUUGUGCAAUUACAGAUUUCUUCAGUUUUUACCAGGAAAUCUUCAUUUAAUUAGAACCAGUCUUUUUGAUCUGACAUAACAGGUUUAUAUUUACCAAUACCAUAUGUUGGUGUAGAUAAGUAAUGCGUGUGGUAGAAAAACAAAAUUAAAAAAGGAAUUAGUGCAGGUGCAAAAAUAAGUGAACCCCAAGUUGCAUUGGUUAAAUCAAGUAGGUAAGUAGAAUCAGGUGGGUAAAUUAUUAGCUACCAAAUUAACCAUUCAAAGGAGAGAUCGUUAGGAAAGAGUUUGGGCGGGACUCUGAAAAAUAGAGAUACGAAACCCGGUCAGUUUGGUGUUACCCAUCUAGGUAAAUGCACACAAAAGCACACCAUGCCGAGAGGAAAGGAGCUCUCAGAGGACAUCAGGAUGAGGGUAGUGAGAGCACAUCAGUCUGGGGAAGGCAAUAAAGUCAUCUCAAAAAGAUUUGAGCUCUAUCAGUCCACUGUGAGGCAAAUCAUUUACAAAUGGAGAGCAUUUAACAUGACAGCAACUUGGCCUAGAAGUGGACGCCCUUCCAAAAUAUCCCCAAGAGCCACAAGAACAAUAAUAAAUCAGGUAAAAGCCAGCCCAAACAUAACAUCUAGAGAUUUGCAGACCUCCCUUGCUGCAUCUCAGGUAACUUUGCGUGCUUUAACAGUAAGAAAUGCCAUUCAUGGGAGGGUUGCUAGGAAGAAGCCUCUGCUGUCAAAAAAGAACAAACUGCCCGUUUUAACUUUGCCAGAGACCACCUGGACAAACCUGAAGGAUUCUGGAAGUCCAUUCUCUGGACCGAUGAGUUCAAAAUUGAUGUUUGGCAAAAAGCCAACACUGCCUACCACUAAAAUAACCUUAACCCAACGGUCAAGCAUGGUGGUGGGAAUGUCAUGAUAUGGGGCUGCUUUUCCUCCUCUGGACCUGGACGACUCCACAUCAUUAAGGGAACCAUGAAUUCUGAGGUAUACCAGGAGAUCCUUGAACAGAACAUCAUGCCAUCAGUCAAGGAGCUAAAGCUGGGCAGAAAAUGGAUCUUCCAACAAGACAACGACCCAAAGCAUUCAAGCAAAUCUACCAAAGAAUGGCUCAGGAGAAAGAAGAUUUGUGUUUUGGAUUGGCCAAGUCAAAGUCCUGACCUAUAACCAAUCGAGAUGCUGUGGCAGGACCUGAAACGGGCAGUUCAUGCCAGACACCACUCAAACCUCACUCAAAUAGCUGAGUUCUGUAAGGAGGAGUGGGCAAAAAUCCCUCAAAACAGAUGUCAGAGACUUAUUACUGGCUAUAGGAGACCCUUUGCCUUGAUGACAGCUUUGCACACUAUUGGCAUUCUCUCAACCAGCUUCAUGAGGUAGUCACCUAGAAUGCUUUUCCAACAGUCUUUCUACAAUGUAGAAAAUAGUAAAAAUAAAGAAAAACUCUGGAAUUAGUAGGUGUGCUCAAGCUUUUGACUGGUACUGUAUAUGUAUGUAUGUAUGUAUGUAUGUAUGUAUGUAUGUAUGUAUGUAUGUAUGUAUGUAUGUAUGUAUGUAUGUAUGUAUGUAUGUAUGUAUGUAUGUAUGUAUGUAUGUAUGUAUGUAUGUAUGUAUGUAAAAUAUAUUACAACCACCACCAGUCAAAAGUUUGGACACACCUUGAAUAAUAGUGAAGACAUCAAAACUAUGAAAUAACACAUAUGGAAUCUAUUAGUAACCAAAAAAGUGUUAAACAAAUCUAAAUAUAUUUAAUAUUUGAGAUUCUUCAAAUAGCCACCCUUUGCCUUGAUGACAGCUUUGCACACUCUUGGCAUUCUCUCAACCAGCUUCACCUGGAAUGCUUUUCCAACAGUCUUGAAGGAGUUCCAACAUAUGCUGAGCACUUGUUGGCUGCCUUUCCUUCACUCUGCCGUCCGACUCAUCCCAAACCAUCUCAAUUGGGUUGAGGUUGGGUGAUUGUGGACGCCAAGUCCUCUUAUGCAGCACUCCAUCACUCUCCUUCUUGGUAAAAUAGCCCUUACACAGCCUGGAGGUGUGUUGUGUCAUUGUCCUGUUGAAAAACAAAUGAUAGUCCCACUAAGCCCAAACCAGAUGGGAUGGCAUAUCGCUGCAGAAUGUUGUGGUAGCCAUGCUGGUUAAGUGUGCCUUGAAUUCUAAAUAAAUCACAGACAGUGUCACCAGCAAAGCACCCACACACCAUAACACCUCCUCCUCCAUGCUUUACGGUGGGAACUACACAUGCGGAGACCAUCCGUUCACCCACACCGCGUCUCACAAAGACACGGCGGUUGGAACCAAAAUUUUCCAAUUUGGACUCCAGAGCAAAGGACACAUUUCCACCGGUCUAAUGUCCAUUGCUCGUGUUUCUUGGCCCAAGCAAGUCUCUUCUUAUUAUUGGUGUCCUUUAGUAGUGGUUUCUUUGCAGCAAUUCGAUCAUGAAGGCCUAAUUCACAUAGUCUCCUCUGAACAGUUGAUGUUGAGAUGUGUCUGUUACUUGAACUCUGUGAAGCAUUUAUUUGGGCUUCAAUUUCUGAGGCUGGUAACUCUAAUUAACUUAUCCUCUGCAGCAGAGGUAACUUUCAAAGUUCUUGAAAUGUUCCGUAUUGACUGACCUUCAUGUCUUAAAGUAAUGAUGGACUUUAAUUUCUCUUUGCUUAUUUGAGCUAUUCUUGCCAUAAUAUGGACUUGAUCUUUUACUAAAUUGGGCUAGCUUCUGUAAACCCCCCCUUCAUUGUCACAACACAACUGAUUGGCUCAAACGCAUUAACAAGGUAAUACAUUCCACAAAUUACCUUUUAAGGCACACCUGUUAAUUGAAAUGCAUUCCAGGUGACUACCUCAUGAAGCUGGUUGAGAGAAUGCCAAGAGCGUGCAAAGUUGUCAUCAAGGCAAAGGGUGGCUAUUUGAAUAUAAAAUAUAUUUUGAUUUGUUUAAAACUUUUGGUUACUACAUGAUUCCAUAUGUGUUAUUUCAUAGUUUUGAUGUCUUCACUAUUAUUCUACAAUGUAAAAAUAAAGAAAAACCCUUGAAUGAGUAGGUGUGUCCAAACUUUUGACUGGUUGUUUGUGUGUGUGUGUGUGUGUGUGUGUGUGUGUGUGUAUGUAUGUGUAUAUACACUGUAUAUAAGACAUUUUCACCAGUCUGAAUGUUUUAGGAUUUCAUCACAUCGUCGUUUCUCUUACUUGUGAGUUUCCUCUACUAACCAAUGAAUCUCUCUCUCUCUCUCUCUCUCUCUCUCUCUCUCUCUCUCUCUCUCUCUCUCUCUCUCUCUCUCUCUCUCUCUCUCUCUCUCUCUCUCUCUCUCCUCUCUCUCUCUCUCUCUCUCUCUCUCUGUCUCUCUACCUCUGUCUGUCUUUCUCUCUGUCUGUCUCUCUCCGUCCCUUUCUCUCUACAGAUUGAUGACAGUCUGUCCAUAUUCAAACUACAGAAGGCCUGCUCUGCAGACUCCUCUUCCUCCCUCGUCUCCACCAUCCACUUCCAGAGCACCAUCGUCAAGAUGUACCUUAGCAAUGCCCUGGUGGACAUGGCGUUUGCCCUGAGCAAGGUGAGGAUGACAAUGAUGACGACGAUGAUGGUGGUGAUGAUGAUGAUGGUGAUGAUGAUGGUGAUAAUGAUGUGAGCCAGGCGCACCACUUCGACGGUGAGACCUUCCAGGGGGGGCGGGCCCUGAUCACGGCGGGGGUGUCGGAAGUCAAGGCCAGCGUCAAACGAGAGAGCUUCCUGUUGGCCAGGCUGGCGCUGGGACGCGUCUGUCACACACUACAGGUGAGGUGUCUGUCACACUACAGGUGAAGGUGUCUGUCACAGUACAGGUGAGUGUGUCUGUCACAAUACAGGUGAAGGUGUCUGUCACAAUACAGGUGAAGAUGUCUAUCACAGUACAUGUGAAGGUGUCUGUCACAGUACAUGUGAAGGUGUCUGUCACAGUACAGGUGAAGGUGUCUGUCAGAGUACAGGUGAUGUGUCUGUCACAGUACAGGUGAAGGUGUCUGUCAGAGUACAGGUGAGGUGUCUGUCACAAUACAGGUGAAGGUGUCUGUCACAGUACAGGUGAGGUGUCUGUCACAAUACAGGUGAAGGUGUCUGUCACAAUACAGGUGAAGGUGUCCGUCACAGUACAGGUGAAGGUGUCUGUCACAGUACAUGUUUAGGUGUCUAUCACAGUACAUGUGAAGGUGUCUGUCACAAUACAGGUGAAGAUGUCUAUCACAGUACAUGUGAAGGUGUCUGUCACAGUACAGGUGAAGAUGUCUAUCACAGUACAUGUGAAGGUGUCUGUCACAGUACAGGUGAGGUGUCUGUCACAGUACAGGUGAAGGUGUCUGUCACAGUACAUGUAAAGAUGUCUGUCACAGUCCAGGUGAAGGUGUCUGUCACAGUAGAUGUUUAGGUGUCUGUCACAGUACAGGUGAAGGUGUCUGUCACAGUACAGGUGAAGUUGUCUUUCACACUACAGGUGAAGUUGUCUGUCACAGUACAGGUGAGGUGUCUGUCACAGUACAGGUGAAGGUGUCUGUCACAGUACAUGUUUAGGUGUCUGUCACAGUACAGGUGAAUGUGUCUGUCACAGUACAGGUGAAGGUGUCUGUCACAGUACAGGUGAAGUUGUCUGUCACAAUACAGGUGAAGUUGUCUGUCACAGUACAGGUGAGGUGUCUGUCACAGUACAGGUGAAGGUGUCUAUCACAGUACAGGUGAAGGUGUCUGUCACAGUACAGGUGAAGGUGUCUGUCACAGUACAGGUGAAAGUCUGUCACACUACAGGUGAAGGUGUCUGUCACACUACAGGUGAAGGUGUCUAUCACAAUACAGGUGAAGGUUUCUAUCACAAUACAGGUGAAGGUGUCUAUCACAAUACAGGUGAAAGUCUGUCACACUACAGGUGAAGGUGUCUAUCACAGUACAGGUGACACAGACACAAGCACGCAUGCACACAUACUACAGGUGAGAGAGGGAGAUGAUGAAGACUGAGUUAAUUGUACUGAUACUGUUGAGUUGAUUGUACUGAUACUGUUGAGUUGAUUGUACUGAUACUGUUGAGUUGGUUGUACUGAUACUGUUGAGUUGAUUGUACUGAUACUGUUGAGUUGAUUGUACUGAUACUGUUGAGUUGAUUGUGACUGUCUCUCCAGGAUUUCUACAGCCACAGUAACUGGGUUGAGAUGGGGAACAGACAGCCUUACAGCACUCUGAUCAGACCUGACCUGCAACUGGUGAACCUGGCAGGUAUUGUGUGUGAAACUCUCUGUAGUUUAUUUAAACCACUCCCAGAUAUAUACCCACCUAUAUCGGCACAAUACAGUUAACUACAUGCAACACAAACAUGUAGCUAAAACACCUACAUUAUAAAGGCAUUUGUUCAUAAAAUAAGUAUUUGGGUGUGUGCCAAUGUCAACACUAAACCACUCCCUCCUUGUAUCAGUCGACCAACCAGCCUGGAGAGUAUAGACUUGUCAUCACCUCUACACAUACUUCACACCCAAUCCACAUUCUGUACUCUAACUCCAGUGGGGGAAAAAGUACCCAAUUGUCAUACUUGAAUAAAAGUAUAGAUACCUUAAUAGAAAGUUACUCAAGUCAAAGUAAAAGUCACCCAGUAAAAUAAUACUUGAGUAAAAGUCUAAAAUUAUUUAGUUCUAAAUAUACUUAAGUAUCAAAAGUAAAUGUAAUUGCUAAAAUAUACUUAAGUAUCAAAAGUAAAAGAAUAAAUAAUUUCAAAUUCCUUCUAUGAAGCAAAGCAGACAGCACCAUUUUCUUGUUUUUAAAUUGUAUGGAUAGCCAGGGACACACUCCAACACUCAGACAUCAUUUACAAAAGAUGCAUUUGUGUUUAGUGAGUCUGCCAGAUCAGAGGCAGAAGGGAUGAACAUGUGUUGUCUUGAUAAGUGUGUCAAUUGGACCAUUUUCCUGUCUUGCUAAGCAUUCAAAAUGUAACAAGUACUUUUAGGUGUCAGGUAAAAUGUAUGGAGUAAAAAGUACAUUAUUUACUUUAGGAAUGUAGUGAAGUAAAAGUAAAAGUUGUAAAAAAUAUAAAUAGUACAGUAAAGCAUAGAUACCCCAAAAAUCUACUUCAGUAGUACUUUAAAGUAUUUUUACAUCACUGUCUAACUCUACAGUGGAUUGUCUGUCUGUCAUUGUUGAGUGAACGUUACUACUGCUACUACCACACACACACACCUUCACCCCCUCCAACACCCCCUCCUGUUCUAACCCCCUCUCCUCCCUCUCCAGGCCCCAGUCCUCCUGUUCUAACCACCUCUCCCUCUCCAGGCCCCAGUCCUCCUGUUCUAACCCCCUCUCCCUCUCCAGGCCCCAGUACUCCUGUUCUAACCCCCUCUCCCUCUCCAGGCCCCAGUCCUCCUGUUCUAACCCCCUCUCCCUCUCCAGGCCCCAGUAUUCCUGUUCUAACCCCCUCUCCCUCUCCAGGCCCCAGUACUCCUGUUCUAACCCCCUCUCCUCCCUCUCCAGACCCAGUCCUCCUGUUCUAACCCCCUCUCCCUCUCCAGGCCCCAGUACUCCUGUUCUAACCCCCUCUCCUCCCUCUCCAGCCCCAGUCCUCCUGUUCUAACCCCCUCUCCUCCCUCUCCACCCCUCUCCAGCCCCAGUCCUCCUGUUCUAACCCCCUCUCCCUCUCCAGGCUCCAGUACUCCUGUUCUAACCCCCUCUCCUCCCUCUCCAGCCCCAGUCCUCCUGUUCUAACCCCCUCUCCUCCCUCUCCAGCCCCAGUCCUCCUGUUCUAACCCCCUCUCCCUCUCCAGGCUCCAGUACUCCUGUUCUAACCCCCUCUCCUCCCUCUCCAGGCCCCAGUCCUCCUGUUCUAACCCCCUCUCCCUCUCCAGGUUCCAGUACUCCUGUUCUAACCCCCUCUCCUCCCUCUCCAGGACCCAGUACUCCUGUUCUAACCCCCUCUCCAGGCCCCAGUACUCCUGUUCUAACCCCCUCUCCUCCCUCUCCAGGACCCAGUACUCCUGUUCUAACCCCCUCUCCUCCCUCUCCAGGCCCCAGUACUCCUGUUCUAAUCCCCUCUCCUCCCUCUCCAGGCCCCAGUACUCCUGUUCUAACCCCCUCUCCUCCCUUUCCAGGCCCCAGUACUCCUGUUCUAACCCCCUCUCCAGGCCCCAGUACUCCUGUUCUAACCCCCUCUCCUCCCUCUCCAUGCCCCAGUCCUCCUGUUCUAACCCCCUCUCCUCCCUCUCCAGGCCCCAGUACUCCUGUUCUAACCCCCUCUCCUCUCCAGGACUCAGUACUCCUGUUCUAAACACCCUCUCCCUCUCCAGGCUCCAGUACUCUCCUGUUCUAACCCCCCUCUCCUCCCUCUCCAUGCCCCAGUCCUCCUGUUCUAACCCCCUCUCCUCCCUCUCCAGGCCCCAGUACUCCUGUUCUAACCCCCCUCUCCUCCCUCUCCAGCCCCAGUCCUCCUGUUCUAACCCCCUCUCCUCCCUCUCCAGGACCCAGUCCUCCUGUUCUAACCCCCUCUCCUCCCUCUCCAGGACCCAGUACUCCUGUUCUAACCCCCCCUCUCCUCCCUCUCCAGGCCCCAGUCCUCCUGUUCUAACCCCCUAUCCGCCCGCUCCAGCCCAGUCCUCCUGUUCUAAACCCAUUCCUCUCCAGGCUCCAUCCAGUCCUCCUGGUUUUCUAACCCCCUCUCCCUCUCCAUGCCAGUCCUCCUGUUUCUAACACCCCUCUCCUUCUCCCUCUCCAGGCCCCAGUAAACUCCUGUUCAACCCCACCCUCUCCAGCCCCAGUCCUCUCCUGUUCUAACCCACUCUCCUCCCUCUCCAUGCCCCAGUCUCCUGUUCGACUACCCCCCUCUCCUCCCUCUCCAGGACCCAGUACUCCUAUUCUAACCCCCUCUCCCUCUCCAGGACCCAGCACUCCGACCUGUAGGAACUGUAUAGGAGGUAACUGUACUGAUAACAUCCUACCAGAGGUCUUACAGCAGGGCCUGCUCACCUCUGGAUACUUCAACCUGUUCUCCUCCAACAAACCUGCAGGUACGCACACACACACACACACCACACACACACCACACACACACACACACUUCCUCUUUAUUUUUGACAGCAGCUAAUGGGGAUCCUAAAAAAUACUAAAUACACUGAUGCAAACUAACUCACACACUCAUCUCUCCCUCCCCUAGGUAAGUGUAGCCACGGCGGGUUUUUUGACCGGACCAGCGGUCGGGAUCCGGUAGGGGGCAUCAAUAAGGACGACGUGGGGUCCAGUCACGGUCACCUCCACCACACCGCAGCCGAUGUGGCGGUCAACGCUACCAUGGAACUACUGGAGGACAUCAGAGGAGCUGCCGGGGACAAGGACUUCCUACGGUGAGAGAGAGAGGCUGAAGUAGGUGGGCGAUGUUUAGGCAAGAGGUGUUUAUUUGUGACGUUUUGUGUUAAAAUUGUAGGAUUUGAUCAGUACUAUGGGUAAGGAUUAGGCUGCUGUAUGAUGAGGGAGCUGUCAUUGUAAACUGUUGGGAUGAGCUAGGAUAGCAAAGGUUGUUUUUGGUUCAUAAUUCCUACUCCAUAAUCUCUCUCUCUCUCUCCCAGGUUAAUUGGCAUCACCCAGUCAUCAGUGUUGUGUUUUGUCAUCGACACCACAGGAAGUAUGAGUGAUGACAUCACUGAGGCUAAGAGAGUGUCCUUCUCCAUCAUCGACAGUAAGAGAGGAACCCAGCAGGAACCUUCAUCAUACAUCCUGGUCCCCUUCAAUGACCCAGGUGGGUGUUAGCCUGGUCCCAGAUCUGUUAGUGCUGUCCCACUCCAACAUUAUUGUCACGUCACAUGCCAAGUGCCUGCCCUGAAACUGGGAGCAGAAUGACUGUUUUAACACAAACUUAUCUUUUUACUUGUGUGGAAUAACAAUUAAUUUUCACGUCCAAUUAAAUCAUGUGGUGUGUGUGCUUGUGUGUGUGUGUGUGUGGGGGGGGGGGGGGGGGUUGCAGGAUUUGGGCCUCUGAUCAGCACAACAAACGCAGACAUUUUCAAACAGAGCAUCAACGCCCUGACAGCAUCAGGAGGAGGAGACGUACCAGAGCUGUGCCUGUCGGGACUACAGGUGUGUAGUGUGUGUGUGUGGACAGGCGAUGUCAUGAGCAAAAGUUACUUUCACAGUUCCAAUAUGAAGGCUGUAUUUGAAUGGCUGCAUUUGAAAUGUGGUUGCCUGUUUUUUGCAACUCUGCCAGAACUGGUUAGUUAGCCAGUGGACUGAAAAUGUUAUUUCCCAUAGAGUUCCAGUAGUUGAUCCCAGUGUGGUCUGACUGGUGUGUAUGUGUUGUAAUUCCCAGCUGGCCCUCACGACCGCGCCACCCUCCUCUGAGAUCUUUGUGUUCACUGAUGCUCCUGCUAAAGACACCGCACUGAAGAGCACUGUCACCGCCCUCAUAGAGAGCACCAAGUCUGUGGUUAGUAGUUUUCACUACAGUUUCUCUCUGUCUCUGUCUCUCUCACUCUGUCUCUCCCCCUUUUGAGACACAGUUUACUGUUUGUGGGCUCACAAGGUGUCUGAGUGUGAUGUAAAUGCCAGCCAUUAUGUUACAUCUCAAAGUAUCUUCUUCUUUCCUUACUUUGACUUUCCUUUAAUCCUUAAUUCUGUCAUCAACCUCUCUCUACCUCUCCUCUCCCCUCCCGCCUCUCCCCCUCCCCUCUCUCCCUCUCCCCCUCCCCCUCUCCCCUCCCUGCCCUCUCCCUCCCCUCGCCUCUCCUCUCUCUAUCUCCCCUCUCUCUACCUCUCCUGGUCUCUCUUCUUCUCAACCUCCCUUCUCUCUCUCUAGCCUCUCUCUCCUCUCCUCUCCCUCCUCGUCCUCUCCUCUCCUCUCGUCCUCCCUCUCCUCUCCUCUCCUCGCUCCCUCUCCUCUCUCUCCCUCCCUAACUCCUCUCCUCUCCUCUCCUCUCCCUCUCCUCUCCCUCCUCUCCCCUCCUCUCCUCUCCUCUCCUUCCCUCCUCUCCUCUCCUCUCUCUCUCUCCUCUUCUCUCCUCCUCCUCUCCUCUCCUCUCCUUCCUUCCCUCCUCUCCUCUCCUCUCCCUCUCUCCUCUCCUCUCCUCGCCCUCUCCUUUCUCCCCUCCUCUCCUCUCCUCUCCUCUUUUAAAAUAAAUCAAGCUCCUCUCCUCGCCUCUCUCUACUUCUCCUCCUACCCCUUCCUCUCCUCUCCUUCCUCUCCUCCCGCACGCCUCUCUCAGCCUCCCUCUCCCUUCUCCUCUCCACUCUCUCCUUCUCUCUCUCGCUCUACCUCUCCUCUCCUAACCUCUCCCUCUCUCCUUACCUCUCCUCACCUCUUACGCUCCUCUCGCCUCUCCUCUCCUUUCCCUCUCUCUUCUCUCUCUCUACCUCUCCUCUCUACCUCUCCUCUGCCAUCUUCUCUCCUCUCGUCAGGUGACCUUCAUGUUGACUGACAACCUCCGCUCAAGUCGUCGCCGUAGGCAUUCCGUGGGCGGGGCUUCAGUUGUAUGGCCCAGUCAGGGUGGAGCCUCCAAACCGGAUGGCCCAAUCAGACGCUCAGCUGUACCAUGACCUUGCCCAGGCCUCUGGAGGUCAACCAAUCAAUCAAUCAUUCUUAUUCACAAAGCAGUUGUCCCAAAGUGCUAUACAGCUUCUUAUAGAAUUAUUAGAACAUACUGUGUUCCCUUCCUCCAGGUCAGGCCAUUGAGGUCACCAAGGUCGACCUACACCGGGCCACCAGCGUCAUCGAGGACGCCUCUGCUGCAGCACAGGUAUGGCAGAGAGAGGAGAGGUAGAGAGGAGAGGUAGAGAGAGGAGAGGAGAGGAGAGGUAGAGAGAGGUGAGGAGAGGAGAGGUAGAGAGAGGAGAGGAGAGGAGAGGAGAGGUAGAGAGAGGUGAGGAGAGGAGAGGUAGAGAGAGGUGAGGAGAGGCAGAGAGAGGAGAGGAAAGGAGAGGUAUAGAGGAGAGGUAGAGAGAGGAGAGGAAAGGAGAAGUAGAGAGGAGAGGAGAGGAGAGGAGAGGAGAGGAGAGGAGAGGAGAGGAGAGGAGAGGAGAGGAGAGGAGAGGAGAGGAGAGGAGAGGAGAGGAGAGGAGAGGAGAGGCGUUGCAAGCGCCAUGCUCUACCAACUGAGCUACAGGGGACUUUUUCCACAUUUUGUGACGUUACAGCCUUAUUUAAAAAAUGAUUAAAUCGUUUUUCUUCCUCAUCAAUCUACACACAACACCCCAUAAUGACAAAGCAAAAACAGGUUUUUAGAAAUGUUUGCAAUUUUAGAAAAAAUGAAAUGUCACAUUUACAAAAGUAUUCAGACCCUUUACUCAGUACCAUGUUGAAGCACCUUUAGCAGUGAUUACAGACUUGAGUCUUCUUGGGUAUGACGCUACAAGCUUGGCACUCUAUCAGUAUUUGGGGAGAUUCUCCCAAUCUUCUCUGCAGAUCCUCUCAAGCUCAGUCAGGUUGGAUGGGGAGCGUCGCUGCACAGCUAUUUUCAGGUCUCUCCAGAGAUGUUCGAUCAGGUUCAAGUUUGGGCUCUGGCUGGGCCACCCAAGGACAUUCAGAGACUUGUCACGAAGCCACUCCUGCAUUGGCUUGGCUGUGUGCUUAGGGUCGCUGUCCAGUUAGAAGGUGAACCUUUGCCCUAGUCUGAGGUCCCGAACCCUCUGGAGCAGGAUUUCAUCAAGGAUCUCUAUGUACUUUGCUCCGUUCGUCUUUCCCUCAAUCCUGACUAGUCUCCCAGUUCCUGCCGCUGAAAAACAUUCCCACAGCAUGAUGCUGCCACCACCAUGCUUCACCGUAGGGAUGGUGCCAGGUUUCCUCCAGACGUGACGUUUGGCAUUCAGGCCAAAGAGAUCAAUCUUGGUUUCAUCAGACCAGAGAAUCUUGUUUCUCUUGGUCUGAGAGUCCUUUAGGUGCCUUUUGGCAAACUCCAAGUGGGCUGUCAUGUGCCUUUUACUGAGGAGUGGCUUCCAUCUGGCCUGAUUGGUGGAGUGUUGUAGAGAUGGUUGUCCUUCUGGAAUGUUCUCCCAUCUCCACAGAGGAACACUAGAUCUCUGUCAGAGUGACCAUCGGGUUCUUGGUCACAUCCCUGGACAAGGCCCUUCUUCCCAGAUUACUCAGUUUGGCCGGGCGGCCAGCUCAAGGAAGAGUCUUGGUGGUUCCAAACUUCUUCCAUUUAGGAAUGAUGGAAGCCACUGUGUUCAUGGGGACCGUCAAUGCUGCAGAAUUGUUUGGUACCCUUCCCCAGAUCUGUGCCUCAACACAAUCCUGUCUUGGAGCUCUACGGACAAUUCCUUCGACCUCAUGGUCUUUGCUCUGACAUGCACUGUCAGCUGUGGGUCCUUAUAGAGACAGGUGUGUGCCUUUCCAAAUCAUGUCCAUCAUUUUAAUUUAACACAGGUGGACUCCAAUCAAGUUGUAGAAACAUCUCAAGGAUGAUCAAUGGAAACGGGAUGCACCUGAGCUCAAUUUCGAGUCUCAUAGCAAAGGGUCUGAAUACUUAUGUAAAUAAGGUAUUUCUGUUUUUUUCUUUGUAAUACAUUUGCAAAGAUUUCGAAAAACCUGUUUUCACUUUGUCAUUAUGGGGGUAUUGUGUGUAGAUUGAUGAGGAAAAACAUUUAUUGAAUCAAUUUUAGAAUUAGGCUGUAACAUAACAAAAUGUGGAAAAAGUCAAGGGGUCUGAAUACUUUCCGAAUGCACUGUAUCUAGUGUAUUGUCUAUUAACCCCUCCUCCUCCAGGUGACUGUUCUACAGGAGGUAAGGAGCCCAGGAAAGGCAGAUAAUUUCUCAUUCACAGUAGACGAGUCUAUGAGAAACCUGAAUGCUUACAUCACAGGAGGAUCCCUCUCCUUCACUCUCACCAGCCCUUCAGGUGUGUGUGUGUUUGACAGCCAGGUGUAACUGGAUUUACUGUACACGUCACCUGUCCAGGUAAAGUUUGGGAUAAUCAGAUGUCCCUCUCCUCCCUCCAGGUGUGUCCCAGAGUGACAGUGAGACCAACGGUCCCCUGGGGACCAUCCAGACCGUGGGGAACCUACGCCGCGUCUCUCUGACCUCACACAACCAUACAGGAUUAUGGGAAAUCAGUAUGAACUCCAUAGAGUCCUACUCACUGAAGGUCAUAGGUCAGUACAGUGUAAAGUGGAGAGCUCUGAUCCCUGGUCAACAGUAGUACAUUAUAUAUACGGAAUAGGGUUUCCCUUCACAUCACAGCAUUGAGAUAUCUAUCUUUAUUCUCUAUGUAAGAAUUGUUUAAGGGAUUAGCUAAAGUGUGUAUGUGUGUGUGUGUGUGUGUUUCAGGUCAGAGCUCUGUUAAUUUUGGCUACCAUUUCGUGGAGGGUUUCGGGGGGGCUCAUGGAGACUUUGGGCUCAAAGAGGGCCGUCCUCUCACAGGUAACAAUAAAGAACAGAAGUAACCGCCUACGGUACCGACUUUGUCAUCUUCAUCUUCCAUAGCAUCACAGCAGAGUAGUUUAAAAUAAUGUUACAAAAUAAUAACUUCCUCUUCCUCUCUUCUUUCCCACUGUUUCUGCCUCAUUUUAUCCCUCGCUCUGUUCCCCUCUUUCAUUAUUUCUCUCUUCCUCUCUCCUCUUCCUUUCUCUCCCUCUCACCUCGUCCUCUCCCACACCUGUCUCUACCACUCUCUCUCCUCUCCCUUGUCUCUCUUCACCACCCUGUCUCUACACACCUCUCUCUCCUCUCCCUCUGUUCUUCUUCACCACCCUGUCUCUACACACACUCUCUCUCUCCUCUCCCUCUGUCUCUCUUCACCACCCUGUCUCUACACACACUCUCUCUCUCCUCUCCCUCUGUCUCUCUUCACCACCCUGUCUCUACACACCUCUCUCUCCUCUCCCUCUGUCUCUCUUCACCACCCUGUCUCUACACACACUCUCUCUCUCCUCUCCCUCUGUCUCUCUUCACCACCCUGUCUCUACACCCUCUCUCUCCUCUCCCUCUGUCUCUCUUCACCACCCUGUCUCUACACACCUCUCUCUCUCCUCUCCCUCUGUCUCUCUUCACCACCCUGUCUCUACACCCUCUCUCCUCUCUCUCUUCACCCCUGUCUCUCCCUUCUCUCCUCACCCUGUCUCUCACCACCUGUCUACACCCUCUCUCCCUCUGUCUCUCUUCACACCCUGUCUCUACCCUCUCUCUCUCCUCUCCCUCUGUCUCUCUUCACCACCCUGUCUCUACACCCUCUCUCUCUCUCCUCGUCUCUCACCACCCUGUCUCUACACCUUCUCUCUACCCCCUGUCUCUCUCACACCCUUCUCUACAUUCUCUCUCCCUCUGUCUCUCUUCACCACCCUGUUCUAUCUACACCCCCUCUAUUCCCCCUGUCUCUCUCCUCUUCUCCUCUUUCUCUCUUCACCACCCUGUCUCUACACCUACUCUCUCUCUCUCCUCCCCUCUGUCUCUCUUCACCACACCCUUCGUCCUCUCACCCACACACCCUCUCUCUCUCUCCUCUCCCUCUGUCUCUUUUCACCACCCUGACUCUACACCCUCUCUCUCUCUCUCUUUUCAUCCCAUGUCUCUCCACCUCUCUCUACCUUUUUUACCCCCCCCCCCCCCACUCUAUCCCUCUCCCCCCACCCACUCCCAGGUGGUAACAUAACCCUGCUAGUGUCUGUAACGGGGGGUGACUCUGUCACUGUGACGGAGGUGGCCCUGGUCGAGGCCUCGGGGUCAGGAUCAGAAGUCAAUGGAACCCUGCAGUCGCUAGGCGGCACCGGCAGCGGGGACUUCCUGGUUACCAUGGCCAAAGUCCCGCAGGGGGAGUUUGUGGUGCGUCUGAGGGGAGAGACCAGCAGUGCCACCACCAAAUCAUCACCUAGCCUCUUCCAGAGACAGGCCUCCACUCAGAUAAAGACUUCCAGCAUCUCUGUUAUGGUCAGUUGGUUUCCUCUUGUAGAACUCUGAAAUUGCACCCUUUUCCUUUGGACCAGGGCCACUAGGGUUCUGGUGAAAAGUAGUGCACUAUAUAUAAGGAAUAGGAUGCCAUUUUGGACAGACCCUGUCUUAUUGUUAAAAAGUGAAGUUCUUAUCUCCCCAGGCCCAGGCUGACAGUACUCUAGAACCCGGUUCUACCAUUUCCGUCCUCUUCACCGUGACGAUGGUCAACGGAACCGGAGGAACCUUUACCGUCCGAGCAACCAACGACCGUGGCUUCACUUCCUCCUUCCCUGCCAGCGUCUCCAUUGUGACCAGUGGCGGCUUGGCCAAUGGUACAGUGACCCUCACGGCGCCCGCCAGCACCCCGUCGGGAACAGACGUCACCCUGACCAUCGAGGCAGAGUCCGCUGGAGCUGCAGACUUGAACUACGCCAUCCUGCGUCUCUCUGUUGUCAGCAAGGUAAGGGUCGUAUUCCAAAACUCUAACAUGGGCCUGGCCUCCUUUCCUCAUUUCCUUUCUCCCUUAUGGCACCUGGUUUGAAAGCUACCAGCUCUACUGGUAAGAGAUGGUUCUACCACUACUUCAGUUGUCUGACUAAGCUCUCUAUCUGUCUCUGUGUCUCUGUCUCCCCCCCUCCUCCAGGUGACAGAUUUCACCCCUCCCCAGUGCGGGGUGGUCAGCAUCUCGUCCAACUGCCCGGCUGACUGCAGUGCCUCCUACUGGCAGCUCUCUGCCACCAUGACCGACGGUGUCAACGGGACGGGCAUUGACCGAGUCACCCUGCGCCAGGGCAACGGGACCCUGAACACUUCUACUGCGGUGGGCACCGGAGGCGAGAACGUGACCUGGGUGGCCUACAGCGCCACCUGCUGUUCAAAGAAGGUAGAACUGGUGGUUGUGGACAAGGCAGGCAACGUGGGUGUGUGUCUGGGCUCAGUGAAGGACUCUGUUGGGGUGGUUGUGAGCUCUACAGCCCAGGCCUCUGUCACCAACACUACAGCUGUACCUGUAGUUAGUACUACAUCCUCCGGAGGACCACCUUUGACUCUGUCCCUGUAUCUAAGGAUCUGUGUGAUGCUUUCUCUCCUCAUGUGGAAUAGAGUAGAGCUAUAG